UUAUAACAACAACAACAAUGUACUUAUUCCUUGAUGUGUUUUAAUAGGAUCAAUUGACAUGGAAACUUGUAGUAGCAGAUUUUUUAAAAAUAUUCUGUUCAUGUCACCAUUGGCUCAGUCAUGCUUAAUGGCGUGGUAGUCAUGGUGUAAAUGUAUCAACAGUGAGUGCUCUUGAGAAUUUAUUUUACCAGUUAAAUAAACUAUUAAACAAAGGUCUUGAAAGGAUAUGUGGGGAAGGGCUGUAGAUCAGUGGCAGGAAGUCCCAGGUUCAGUUCUCAACUUCCUAUGUUGGAGGUCCCCACUGAAGAAGAGUGGUUUCUGGAAUGAGAAGUAUCCACCAAUCUACCUUGGAUCUUUGAUAUUCUAAAACAAUGAAAAAAGAUUUCUAGAAGAAUUAAUAAUCCUUUGAAAUAAGGUCCAUGUGCUAACUCUAAUUCAAAGUUAGUGAAGCAAAUCUUGUUUUGUUGAUAAGUUUUGGUGAAAAGAGCUUUCUGUUUGGAAGUUUCCCGUUCGUUUACCGUAUUAAGAAGCAUGUAUGUGCUAUUAAAGCCUCAAUAUAUGCUGAGUAAUAUUUGCAAGGAAAUCGGUCCAUUCUUUUUCUCUGUGUUGCUGCAUAUCAAGUAGUUUUUCAUCAUGUUGUAUCAAGAAAAUAGAGGUGUGUCAACUACUGAUUUGGCAUACAGUUUGGAGGAAUGGUAAUUAAAUCGUAAAAAUAUUAGGGAUUUGCCAAGGUCAGCUUAGUUUCUUCUCAUACCAGUGAAGGUUUAUUGUUUAUAUUGACAUUUGCCACUUGUGUUUCUUAGGGAACCACAUCCAGUUCAGAUACAAAUUCCAGUAGUUUCGUUUAACUAUAUCCAGGACUUCGUCCAUUUCAGGAAGUAUCUGUAGAUAAUCUCGGUGAUAUUUUUUUCUAAGGGAAAAAAUUGAAUCCUUGGCUUCAUUCCUGAAAUAUAUGAAUGGGAGGAAGGUCACAGAAGGAAGUUUACCUUUCCCUUCUCUCCCCGGUAGCUAUCUGUGCCCCCGAAGAGUCAGGGAGACAUCCGGAACACCGUAGCAUAUGAAGCACAGGGAACUGCUGCAGAGAAUAUUCCAAAAUCAGGUCCAGAUUUGCCUGUGUGGGGCGAUCCAGCCUCCCCAUCCAUCCCAGUGCACAUUAUUUAGGAUCCCAUCCCACACUGAUCAUCUGGAUAGGCUUGUGGGGAGUAGGACAGGCAGCUGCAGGAGGAAUGGGGGAACAGUAAACAUUCUUUCUGCCUGAUUAUUUUAAGAUCCAGACCAUGGUUCAGAACCCCCCCCCCAAAGUAAGGUAUCUUGUAUAAUUACUUGUAAUCAUGUUUUCCUCCAAAGUUAUUUUUAAGAAACAGUACCUAAUAUGUAUGUUGUUAACCUGGUUUUAUGCAUGGAGACACUAAGCUUGGCAUAUUAAGCUUGUUGGCUCAUGAUUACAAGACAGCUGGGAUGUAGAGGCAUGGUCAGAACUCUGAGGUCACGCGGUUACGUUCAACUCCAUGGCUGAACCCCAACUCUCUGUUUAUCGUUAAUUGAUAUUCUUUCAGGAGGAGUGGUGCGUUCUGUCUCUGAGCAAAUGCAUAUUUAAAAGCAUUGUUGUGAAAGAACAGAACGCUGAAUUCAUGCUGUUUUGUUAGAACUUCAAAAAUAUUUUGAAGUUAUUUUGGUCAAUCUAUUGCUGAUCCAUUUGCCUUUUAAUAGACUCUUCUACUGGGGACAUUUUUAAUGAGAUAUUGUGCUAGCGAGGCCCAGUGUCAGGUACUAGAAGAAGUGCUUUGUUGUGCAGAUGUCUUAAGAAUUGCUCCAGAGGAUGAAAUAUGACUGUGUUGACCUUUCAGCUGUGAGCUUAUUUGUCAGGAUUCAAAUAAGUUGAAAGGAUCAAACCAAACAGUUUUCGUAGUCAGACUGGGAAUUGUGUUUCAGAGGUCAACAGUGAGGGCCACGUUGCAGAUUCCAUAACAUAGCCAAUUGUUGGUACAUAUUAAAGUACUGGAGCUGCUUCUGCAGUCAGAGACACAAUUAAAAUUCUAAUUUAUUAAUGUAUACAGAGAGCUGGUCCAACCUGUCACUCACUGAUUCAAAUGACUGCCCAUUCUUUUUCCACCCUUGCUCUUUGAGCUUUUGCAUCCUUAAACCUACUCUUGAAUAUAACAGACACUGUGAUCCCAAUGGCACCAUAAAGAUAUGUAUUUUGAAAGUGUCUGAGCAUGGAAGAGAAAUUGUUAAGGAAACAUUUACAAAUAUACAUGGACCCUUUCUCAUGCUACUUGACAAUAUGAAAUAUUGAAUAUCCUGGUGUUUUGUAUCAUCUCUAUCAACAGUCAAAUGUCUAAAUUUGUCAUGAUUUCAUUUAUUCUUGGGCUAAAUUCUUCUGGCACUUAACAAAUGAACUAAGUUCUUUGUCCUUUUUUCAUCAGUGUUAACUAGAUUUUUAAAACAAUGCUUAAUAAAUUUCACAGGCAGUAUUUUUCAAAAAUUAAUAUGGACAUAUGUUUUUCUAUGUUAGGUACCUAUUGCUGGGUGCUUUAAUAUUUGCUUUAAGAUUUAUAUUAGGGACUUAACUAAAAUUUACAUAUGAAAGCCUGUGUUCCCUAGCUUUGGUGCAUUAAAAAAAAACCAUGAAAAUAAGAAAUACAUGGACAAACACAAAAGAUUUAUCUCAUAGAAUUGUAGAGUUGGAGGGAACACCCCUCCCUGAUCAUCUAGUCCAGUGUUUCCCAACCUUGUGCCUCCAGCUGUUUUCGGACUACAAUUCCCACCAUUCCUGACCACUGGUCUUGCUAGCUAGGGAUGAUGGGAGUUGUAGUCCAAAAACAGCUGGAGGCACAAGGUUGGGAAACACUGAUCUAGUCCAACCACUUUUGCUUCUGUUUGCUUGAAACCUGAGAGUGGGGUAGAAUGUUAAUUUAGAACGUUUUGCUGUGCAAUUUGGUUGGGCCGGCUUCCCCCUGAACUUGUGAACUGAUAAUCAAUGAAAUGGGCCAGUUUGAUAGACUCGCUGAAUGUUGUAUAUACACAUGCAAGGAUAUUGUUAAGUGAAGAUUCAGUCUCACACUGUUUAAUUUGUGGUUGAGAGGUGAACUAAACAGGUAAAAACUAAGGGAGAAAAAUCUGAUAAUUUCUUCCAUUCCUAGCAACUCACCACUGAAGAAGUCAGCACUUUGCAAUUCAUACAAUAGUGCUGGUCUAUCUGUGACCAUUGACUUUGACACAAGGAUAUAAUCCAGUUGACUAUCGGCCUGUAGAAUUUCUUUUGUUACCUCUUGACCUUAACAGCUAUUGUUGGAGACAUGUUCUAGCACAUUUCAUAUGUUUUGUAUAUAAGCAUUUUGUCUGAGAUGUGGUAUUCUGCUAGGUUUUUAGAAAAAAUAAACUUCCCAAUACAAAUACUGUGACUCACAUUUUUAAAGCAUAGAUAGUAUACAACUCUGUCUUUUAUUUGGCAAAGAUCUCUGCCUAUAAAGCCUAAUAAUACAAACAAAAGAAAUUCAGAAAGUUUAAAUGAUCUGAUUUUAAUAGCCAGAAAUUAGAAGACCAUAAAAAUAUCAAAACCACAAAAACAAAAUGGGUAGAGAAUCGAGAUUAAAGCUCUCUGUGAAAAUAUUUGCCACUGGUGUACUUCUAUUUCAUAAUGUAAAAUAAAAUAAAAUAACUAUUUUGCUGGUCUGAGUUAGCCCUGGAGAUUUAUAUCUUCGCCUGGCCAGGAUGUGUAUGCCUAGGAAUAGAUCUUUCCUUGAUUACAAUAUGUACUUUUAACCAUUGACUUUUGAGACUACCUUCCCCUCCCUGAUCUUUGGGUGUUUUAAUUGUUGGCAUGAAUUUAUAAAUUGGAAGAAAAUCAAGAGACACACUUUUGCUUUAAGAAAAUAAAACAGUAUGUGUAUUUUGGCAGCAUUAAAAUUUGUCUUAAAAUGUUAUAUUGUGUGCUCAAAAGAAAGUUGGACAUUGGAGCCAAAAAUACUUUCAAAAGGUCUAAAGCAGCAUCUCGGGGUAUCUUGCUUUGUACAGUUUGGUAAAAUUAACAUGCUAUUUGUUAUUCAGUGUUAAAUGAAUUGAGAGAGUAGUAACAGAAAAGCAGUGACAUAAACAUAAAACGUGCAGUGUGGUCCAAGCACAAGAUCCACUGAGAUGACCGAGUUUAGAAAAGGCGUGUCUUCGGCUGUCUGCCCAACUUGGCUCAGCUGGCAGAACUUAAAUAGGUGCAAGUCCAAAAGAUGGGUGUGUGGUGGGAUAGGGGUAGGACACCAAUUCCAAACCUCUUUCAGAUCACUUAUGAGUUCUGCUGGCAUUCCAGCUUUUUAGUUGUAAGAAAAGCUGCACACUAUGCAUUAAACCUAGUACACUAUGUUGUUUGACCCUUAGAGAAGUGCUAGGAAAGACUUCAGUCUGAAAUCCUGGAGAGCAGUCAGCACAGAUACUCCAGAGCUAGUUUAUUUGCAUGCAAAGCAGCUUUCUAUGUUUCUAGGAGCAGCAGUAAGAUUCUUUUUUCAGUCCUCAUUGUUCUAGCAUGGUAAUUGGAAACUUUUUGCUGUUAGUAGAUAAUUAACUAAUUAAAGGCUUCUGUGAUCUCCAAGAGAUCCACACACAAGAGAGGUUGCUACUGUGUCUCUGUGUGAGUCAUGUUCCGAGCAUAUUUCUUAACAAACAAAUAGCUUGGGGUGUGUGUGUGUGACAUUUUGCCACCUAAUCGCAUUGGACCAGAUCACAUUAGAAGCAACAGUUCAUCAGCACUAUUCACCCUUAGAGGAGGUUGCCUGUUGAUUUCCUGCAUGAGUCACUGUUCUGGGCUUGUUUCCAAUGCUGAAAGGUUUGCCCAGAUCAGUGACUCACAGAGAUACAUGACUCACAGAGAUGUACUCACAUCUGAGUGUGGGUAUUACUUCGUCUUGCAUACUAUAUGGCUGUCAGGCCCUGGGGUCCAGCAUAAAACUGGUCUAAGAUCACUAUAUUUUUGGCAAGCUACCAAAAACAACAACAACCCAAAACACCCUGCUUUUUUCCAAACUAAGAGGUCCAGAUCCCUUCAGAUCUGAUCAAGUUAUUGUUGCAAUAAUUUGCUGUGCAGUUUAAAAAAAUAAAUAAAUUGGUUGCCUGCCGACUUCCUGUGACACCCCCACUCCGCUUUUAACAGGUGUUUUUCAUGCAGGUAAAAUGUUUAUUUUAUCAUCAUUCCAAAGUGACUUAUUUCCUGGCAGAUUGUGUUUAUAGAGGUUGCAAGGCUACACAAUGUGCCGGAACAUAUCUGUGGAUUCGUUAUAAACAUUAUGGAGGAAGAAAACAAAUGAAACAUACUUGACUGGUCAGAAAUGUGUAAAUUGCUGACAAAAUGACACAUGUAAUUAAGAGUGCUCCUGCCAUUUUACCUUGUGGUUUACACCUACGGUGUUGAAAAAGAGAGUGACUCCCACCUCGCUAAUUACCAUUAUCACUGAAAUGGUAGGGUUUGAGUCAUUAGUUCCAUGUGCAUUUAAUUAGAGGAAGGCUGAAAUUGGAUUUAACUUAUUACUUUUUCAUGGAUCACUUUCUUGUCAUCACUUCAAAUUGGAUUGCAGCCCCAGGUAACUAAUUAUGAGAGCCACAGGAUCAAGAGUGAAAAAAGGUAAUUAGGAAUAACACAGUCGGACCCUUGCUGAUAGUCCACUUGUGCUUUGGAGAGAGAAAAAGAGAGAGCUGUAUUUUGUAGUAUUAUAGAUUACGGAGUUAAAGGUAUGCAGUAUUACUAGGAAUCAUGGGAGCUUGACACCACCUAUAGUGGUUUAUAUGAUGUACAGCUGGGCUGAAGAUGUUGUAUCGACAUGGUUCCACAAUCAGCUCCUUAAUACUGAGAUUAAACUUGUAAAAGCAACAGAUUGGUUGUAGGCAUGAGGCAUUUCAACAAUUGUGUAGUCUGGGGUCUUUACAUGUAUGAUUACAUCAGAGCUGUCAAGACUCAAGAUUGUAGCUUGCCAUGGUGAAGACAGUUUAAUACAUCAAAACAAAACAAAAAAAAUUCCUUCCAGUAGCACCUUAGAGACCAACUAAGUUUGUCAUUGGUAUGAGCUUUCGUGUGCAUGCACACUUCUUCAGAUACACUGAAGCAGAAGUCACCAGCCCUUAUAUAUAGUGAGAGGGUGGGGAGGGGUAUUACUCAGAAGGGUAGUGGGAAUGGGUGGUUGGUUGAUAGGUGUGGUAAACCUGUUGACGACUGUUAACGACUGCAAUUGGUCUUGCUGCAAUUGGUCUUGCUGCAAUUGGUUUCAGUGUAUCUGAAGAAGUGUGCAUGCACACGAAAGCUCAUACCAAUGACAAACUUAGUUGGUCUCUAAGGUGCUACUGGAAGGAUUUUUCCCCCUCCUACGUCAGACCAACACGGCUACCUACCUGUAAUUAAUACAUCGAGUUACAUUUGAUAAUGUAUUACUGAAGGUACUGAUGGUUCGGAAGCACCAGUCAUACCUGAUGUGGAGAUGGUGUUCAAUGUGCAGAGAUCAGGGCACUGCUGAUGCAGCGUAUGAAUGCUGGCAAACAAAAUUGCUACAUUCUGCAGAUUUUAUUUGCAUUGACUGAUGAUAAUUUUGGGACUAAGGGUGAUCCUUACCAUUGGCAUGGUCCCGUACAAGGAGUUAGGGGUAUUUAAGAAAAACACCUGCUUUGGAGAUACUUCUCAAGAUUCCUGCAUUUGAACUUGCUCGGAAGUGAUUAGCUUCACAUGUAUUUUUCUUGUGCUGGUAGGUGGAGUUGUAUAUUCUGUGAAUUUAAAAAUAUCCACUGUGAAAAAAUAAUUUUGAAAUUCCCAACUAGUUUGCUUGCUUUGUGCAAUUCCAAGAACAAGAAAUCCAGCAUUAUGAAUUUUUUGAUAAUGACUUUUAGUGGCAAAGAGUGAGAUGAGAAAUUGUGGAAUAAGGGAACAGGAGAGUUCGGAGCUGGGUAAUUGGUUGGCAUCUACCUGUCUCCGGAGACAAUGGAGGGGUGCGUCUUUGGGGGUGAAGUCAGACUGUUAGAAGAUUACAGUGCCUGCUGUGGAUGUAGAGACCAGUAUGUUUGGGGUUUUUUUUUGCAACUGGGGCAAUUAAAGGCAUCCAGUUGUGUUGCUGCAGAUACGCUGUGGUGUUUCUUCUCUCUGUGCUCCUCCCAGCCUUCAUUCCUCCUCUGGUCACUGCUAUGGAUACACAACCUGACUCUCUGUCUCCAGGUACUGCAGUCCUCUCCAAGGGAUUCCCACAUGACAGGGUUGAUGUUGCCAGCCUUCAUGUCAUGUGUGCAGACAUUGUUCUAACACAGAGUUGGUCUGCCAACAGCCCUGCUGCCUGAAGUCAUAGUGGGGGAUCCAGGUUUGAUUUUAGUUCCAUUUUGAGCGUACACUCAAGUUUCCCACACAUUGAACAUGGAAUGGCCCUGAGGGUCAUGUUUAGAUUACUGUAAUGUUCUUUAUGCGGGGUUAGCUUUGAAGAUAUUUUGGAAACUGCUACUAGUGCAGCAUGCGUCCAUGCAAAUUCUGGCCAGUGCAUCUGUAUAGAAUUGGAUAGCACCGAUUCUGAAGGAUCAGCCCUGGUUGCUUCUCUGUUACUGGGCUUCAAGUUAUUGACGUUAAUGUAUAAAUCCCUUAAAAACUUGGGACCAAGAAACUUGAUUGAUGGCGUGCCACUCUCUAUAUCAGCCAGCCUGGGCUCUGAGAUCAGCAUGGAAAUACUUUAACUCUAACUGUCCUGCCAGGGCCUUCUCAGUAGCAGCACCCAAACAUUAAACUCUCCCCUAGGAGGUUCGGAUGGCCCCUUCAUUCCAGCAUCAAGUAAAGACAUAGCUUUUUUACCCAGGUCUUUGGAGGCAGUUAAUUGUAUUUACAUGUUGGUGCAAUAGUAGUUUUUUUAGUUGAUUGUUUAGGAUUAAUACACACACACACUCUAAACAGCUCUGGGAUCUUGAUUAGUGCAAAAAUACAACCACCGUGCCCCUUUUUAUAGAGCUCAUUAGAGCUUUACAACCAUUUGAUUUCAGCUAAAUCAUGUCAAGACAAAGUAGUCAAAUAUAUGGUGAUGUCAUGCAUUGAAUUGAAUCUUCAAGUCAGUGUGCUUUCGAGAAACCAUUGUUAGCAUUAACUGUUGGUUAAAAAACCAGGACUCGCUGUGGUUAAGCAAAAACAAAAGGGAAAACUUGUAAACUUAUUGUGGUUGCAUGGAGGGGAAGUAGGUGAACUGAAAGCCAGUAGUUUGCUGCAUCUUCUUCUUGUCAUGCUAAACUAUACUUUGGUAUGCUGUCCAAACGUAGCCAAUAAGUAAAAUCUUUGAGAGUCCAAAGGAUCAUCUGUAGCAAUGGUAAACUUCAACUACAGAUUAGAUAGAUAGAUAGAUAGAUAGAUAGAUGCGUGCACACAUGCACACACACACACACACACACACACACAUUCUUACUUGAUUUAUUGUUGAAUUAAUCUAAACAUAAAACCACCUCUCACUUGUUUUAAGAAAAGAACGAGAGGCUGCUAAAAAUACAUCUUAAGUUGAUUUAGAAUUUUAUUCAUGGUGUUCAUCUGUGGUUGAAAAGGGAAGCAACCUGAGGUCAAGUGAUGUAGUGUUUCUAUUUUCCACAUGAAUCUCACUGUGUGUGAUAAAAGCACACUCAGUUUAUCUGGUAAGUCUAGAGGAAUUUCUGACAUAGUGCAGAGGUCGCUUUUCUGUCAAUUUGAGUAGGCAGCAUUUUUCUACUACUGGUUCCCACCUCCCAUUUCCAGUAUCUGCUACAAACCAUGGCACUGUUUUGACACAUGCAUCCCAGAGUGCUGCAAUCUGCAUCAUAUUACUGCACAGCACUGGAGCUUGUCCAGUGGGCAGAAAAUUUCCUGAAGCCAAGAAUAACAGCAGUUGGUGCAGGUGUCUUAAGAGCAGAAGCAACAAUAAGGGGCAGUCCAGUCCACUUGGCAAGAUGCCCAGGCAGGAAUGCCAGCUGAGACUGUAAAGGGGCAAGAUUGAAGAACCCUGGGACCCAUGGGGAUAUAUUUGCAAAGUUCAAUCCUUGAAGAAAAUUGCCUUCUGUGAUCAUAAGACAUCUUUGCUUUUUCCUGCCGAUACUGUUUGCCAAAAGGUUUAGAAGCAUUUAUCAAAUAACAGUGGAUGAACUAAAAUAGGAUAAAAUCUCUCUCACAGCUUUUUUUUUUACAAAUUCAUACUGAUACUGUGAAGUUUAUUGCCACUUUUUAAGCAGGACAGUGUGCUUUGCAACGGUGUGUGUAGUGUGUAGACUGCUUUACUAACAGCCAGUCCCCAAUAGUGGUUGACAAAAUUUACAAAAAUAUUCCAGCAUAUAUCCGCAGUAAUGUUUGUGCAUGGAGCAUUUGCACACUGGCCUUCCACCAGUGUACAACCACACUGUACAGUAUACACUGGGGUCUCUGAAAGACUGGAGAUAAGAUGCAAUAUCUGUAGAAUAUGCUAGAACACUGAUGCUCCCAGGUUCUGCAUUCGCACAGGGCCAGUACUGGUUUGGGUUACCGCUAUGUCACACUGUAAUGUAGCCCUUCCUUUCUCUUCUUGAUGCAGAGCAACCAUAUUCAGCUGGCAAGUGGGUUAUAGCAGCCAUCUAUGUAAUGAGAACUGUCUAGAAGCUGCUCUGAUGUUUUUGUUUUUUUUCCUGUCCCCACUUCCCAAGAAUAGACCUAAAGUCAGACUGGAGUUUUUAACCCCACCAGGCUAUGAGAUCAGAGAUGGGAGUCCCCCAUCAGGCCUGCUGGGGAACAUUUGUGAAAAGUGGGAUUCCAGGCAAUCCUCCAGCCCUUCUUCCAGCUGUAGAGAUAGGGGCGUAAUGAAGUUUUGAAAUAGGCACAUGAGUAGUGUGAUUUUUAUGUACUGUACAUAACCAGUGCAGUUAGGGUAGUUGUGUGGUGAAGUCAUACCUAGUAACUGAUUUUGUAUUGCUUAGAUUUUGUUACUUAGCCGUGAUAUCAUGGAUAAAAUAUUAUAAACAUAACGUGGCUAUAGCAUGCUUGUGUUAAAAAAGAUCGGGAACUUUUAUUAAGUUUGUUUUCCUUGUCAUAUUGUAAAAAUUUAUUAUGUGUACUGUGUAUAUUAGAAACAGAUUUGGGCAAUUCUGUCUAAAUGAAGUCAUCCUGGUUAUUUCCAGACUGUCUGUUUUCGGUUGUGAAUAAUUUUCAUACAUCAGAUGGCUGUCAUUUUUAGAAGUUCUCCAUAUUUUUAAAUAGGACAUUUCCCAUUUUAAACUUUUGUGGAAUGUAUCAGCCUUAUAUUCUUAAGAUAUAUUUUGUUUUUGUGACUCUUCUAACCAUCUCCAUAUCAGAGGAUAGUGGAUUAAAGAAUAAUGAAGUAAAUAUAAGCUUAAGAACUAAAGAAGUAUGGCCAUCUCUGUCUUUUCAUUUCAGACAUAAGCAACCACAAGCAUUUGAUUUAAGGCUACAAUCCACAUCACUACCUGUAAUCCACAUCACAGUUACUGUGGAGUCAGAGCUACCUUAAACAUGCUUAAGGUUGUGUUGUGUGUGCUUAAUCUGUAUGGUAUCACUUGAAACAUUUAGUUGCAUGGGAUGAAGAAUAUUUAUCCCUGGCUUUUUGACAAGAUAAAAUACAUGUAUAGUUUAAUUAAAAUGCAGUAUGUGCAUUACUGUGCAUUUAUUUGUGACAAACAGAGCAACCCAAAAACCCUUAGCACUGGGCUGGGUUGGACCAGGUGGAAGUGUUCCUGCUCCCGGUUCUCCUUGCUGAGCCUGCCUCUUGCCAGUAUCUACACCAGAAUGAGCCAGCAGGGAGCUCUGAAAUGGGACCAGUGUGAUACCCCCUGGAUUCCAAGCCGGGUUCAAUACUGUUGUGUGAUGGAUGGCAUUGAGCCCAGUUGUCCUGCCUCCCCCACCAUAAUAGGAAACCUCUGCUCUGGGCAGUAUAAGUGCCUUUGCUUGUAGAUCCAAUUUUGCUCUUCUCCUUUUCUCAAAUAGUACAUGUGCUCACUUUUCAAUAAUACGCACCUGCAAUGACCCUAGAGUCCAGCAGUGACUGAGAUAGUCCUGGCUUUGAGUUUGAUGUGGUCACCAGGGGACCAAGGAGCCUGGGCAUGGCAGGCUGGAGCCCAUUAAACCAGUUGUGACAGCCCCAGGGCCUGUAGGCAGGAAGAUGAAGUUCCUUAUCUUCAGGCUUGAGGGUUGGCCCUUGAAGGGACUAAUUCUUCAUAAGAAGGAGGAGCCCUGAGAGAGGGACUGGAGGAAGAGGCACAAAAGGCCUGAGUUCACUUUCAACCCAUGUUGAAGAAGUUGCUCUCCAUGGUGCUGCAACCAGCAACCUUCCUCACUGUUUCGGCUCUUCCGCGUGGCUAGAACAGGGUGACUAGAACAGGGCAGUGCCAACAUUCAGUGGAAGUUAUGCUGUGGUCAACAAUAUCGUGCCUUAAUUUGCUCCUGUAAAAUAUCAGCAUACAUACUGAAUCCUGCUAAUAUAACACACUUCCGUAUACCCAGUGUUAUUUUGUUUUUUGAAGGAUAAAAUCACUCUUGUGGAGUUGGCCUUCAUCAGGAACAACUACUUCCAGAAAAAUGUGACUUGGGCGUGGAGUGUGUCUAUGUGAUUGCACCAACCCGAUUGUUUCUUAAUAAAAAGUUUUCAUACUUUAAUGUAAACAGCACUUUUCAAAUUUUGUUAAGAAUAUAUUUUAGUUUUUAAUAAAUAUUCCAAGACUGUAUUUCUAUAAAGUACAGAGACUGCUGAAUGCAAGUUUGUUUCUUCAAAAUGUAUUAUUAUUAUUAUUCAUUCCAUUUCUAUACUGCUUAAUAUUUUUAAGGAAAAAACCUCAAAGUGGCUUGCAGCACAUUAUAGCAUCAAAUAAAACAAUCCAGAAUAAACUUAAAUACCAUGGAACCUCGGGUGACUUUACCCUUGGGUAACAUGAACUUUGGGUUGCAAAAGCGGCAAACCUGGAAGAGUUUUGCCGCUCACACUUGCGCAGAAGCGGUCUACUGCCGCAUGCGCGGAAGCAGUCUCUCCGGUUGCGAAAACUUUGGGAUACGGCCAGACCUCUGGAACGGAUCCCGUUCGCAACUGGAGGUACCACUGCAUUAUCUUAAAAAUAUCAAAAUGAAACAUUACAAAGGUGGACAACAACAGAAUGCACAUUUAACACAGCAAAGUUUAUGUAUAUAUAACACAUUUCAAAAUAAAGCAUUACUAAAGGAAGCCAAAAUGCACAUGUAAAACAGCAUAAUUAGAGAAUAAAAUAUGAUCAUUAGCAUAGAACAUAUCUGCUGCUCUUGCUGCCAAUCUUGCCAGUGGUGGUUCAUGGUAGGUGGCAGCUGUGGAAGCUCAGGCUCGAUGACCUGAGUCUGCACUGAGAGGCAGCCAAGAUGGUCUUUGGCCUCCUCAGGAGCUUCAGCUUCUGUAACUGGAGCCAAUCUAUCAGGCCAGGUGGGGAAAGGCCUCCAAGGCAGGGGGCAGGACCCACAGGACUCACUGCCACUUCCCACCUCCUCUCAUAUUCUAGUGUGCAUCUGUCUCUCCAGCUACCUACCUACUUUACACUCAUAGGUGUGCAUUUGUACAUAUACAUUAAAAAAAUUUUUUUUUCAGGCAUUUGUCCCUAAUAUCAGAGGACGAACUCUCAUUGAUAAAUGGAGCAUUUGAGCUCUUUUGAAAUAAAGCACAAGCCUAAUCCCCGCCAAUAACAUAUACAUAAUUGAAAUCUACAUUGUGGCCCUUGUGUGAACCAUGGAGAGUGAACACAGUAAAGAUUCAUGGGGCUCAUAAGAAAUCUGCAGUGAUGAUCAGAGAGUAGAAUUUUUUUUUUGCCCUGAACCAUGAACUUUGCCAUAAAUGCUUGAGUUACGGCCAUUUGUAAGAAAAGAAUUUUACCAGAGAAAUUGCUUGAGCUGCAGACAGCAGCUGUUUGCCUCAUGUGUUUAAACCUCCAGAGCUAAUAUUGAAGUCACAGGGCAGCAAGUGCUUUGCAGCAGAGUGAGUGAAAUUAACACCAAGAGAAACAAUUAAAAAUGUCAUUUGGGAAAGUGGCCUUAGAACCUGACAGUUUUAUGGCUGUUGCCAGGUUGACUAAAAAAUAAAUAAAAAAUAAAAUAAAAUUCACCCACUGGGAUAAUGGGGAAAAACAUGCUAGUAUGUUUUUACAUUUGUUGGUGCUUGCUUUCAUCAGAGCCUGUUCAUUUUGGGUGUAGCAUUUAUGGCACACAAAUCCCAAACCACUAAAAGUUAGAAUAUAUAACCCUUCAGCAUAGUAAGAAAAAAAAUAUUUGUAGGGUACUACUGUUCCAUCUCAGGGUUGUUGGCUUUUGGGGUGCAACAGAGUUCUGGCCAGUCUCCCCUACUUUUUAACAUUUGUGUGAAACUGCUUGGAGAGGUCACCCAAGGGUUUGGGCUAAGGUGUCACUAGUAUGCACCUGUUAAUGCCAGGGUGGCAAUAGAAACCUUAAACAAGUGCCUGGAGGCAGUUCUGAGAUACACGAGAGCAAAAAACAAACAAACCAAAAACCCUAAAUAUCCUCUUAUCUGGAUAAAGGAUUGCAGACAGCUUUGGAUGGAUUAUUCUUGCCCUGAAGAAUUAGAUAUUCGGUUGCAGUGGGGAGGGUACUCCUGGAUCCAUUGUUAUAUAUGAUGGCUCAAGUGCCUGCAGUGGCUCUCCGUGAGUGCCUUGACUACCUUAGGGUUGUUCACCAACCACAACCACGUCUAGAGAAAGAGGACGUGGCCUCAGUUGUGCACACAUAGGUUAUAUCCAGGCUAGGCUAAGGAUCUUUGCAUAAGGCUGCCUUUAAAGGUAGCCUGGAAACUUCACCUUUUGCAGAAUUCAGUGACCCAAAUGAUUGUGAGGUGUUAUGUAUCAUAACUCCCUUGCAACAGCUGUGUCAUUUCUCGCUUCAAUUUAAAGUGGUAGUUUUAACUUUUAAAUCUCUAAAUGGUUUGGGGCUGGGCUAAUUGAAGGACCAUCUACAUCCUCGUGAGCUUGGAUCAGAGACCCUGUUUUUGGGUUACCAGGGCAGGGCCUUUCUAUUGGUGCCCUCAUAAUUGUGGAAUUUCCUCCUCCCGUCCCGAUAAUUCCACUUGACAACCUCUCUUGCUGCUUUUCAGUGGUCUUUAUGGACCUUUUUUAUUAUGUAAAGCUCUCUAUUCACUUUAUCACUUGUCCCCUAUCUAUUUUUACUGUGGGAGGUUAUUAUAAUAAUAUUCAAGUACUUUUAUUUCAAAUUGUUUACUGUAUGCCAUCUUGUGAAGACUUGCCCUAAAAGGUGGGGUAGAAAUAUAUUAAACAAAUAAUGAGUCAGAGUGCAAAAGCACAGGGUAUUUGGGGCACACCUGCAUAAUUCUUAUUUCAGUCUAAAGGUGAAAUUGCUGUAGAAUAAAUAAGAAAUUUGCCGGGGAUACUAUGGUAGUGUCUUCUAUUAUUCAUAUAUUUCCAAAAUCCUUAUCAGCUCUGUAAGUCAUUCAGAUCAGUACCCUGAAAGGAAGUUAUUCAGGGCUUGAAUACAUUUCUAGAUCUCUAGCGAAGUAGGGGGUUGCCUCAUCACUUCAGCAUUGGAGCAUAAUAUUGGGAAUAGGUGAAAUAGCAUGGGAUGAGUAGAUUUGUUCCUUGUGAUUCCAUCAUGCACCUGGCAAGGCUUGAAACUUAUGCAUGCUUGGACUUUAGUGGUGAGAUACCUUACCUGUAGAUUGAUCAUUUGUUUGUCUUCCACCACCUUGCAAAGUACAUUUCCCCAGACAUUCGGAUCCUCCUGUGGCUUGAUUUUUGGCCAGUUCUCAGUGUUUGUAUUUAUGUUGGAUAGGGAAGAAUACUCUCCUUGUUACUGAUUACUAGUAGAGGAAUGCUUUUAGUACUGUGUAUGGUGCUUUUUUUCUUUUUCGCUCUUUUACAGUCUUUUUGUAUUCUAAAUGUGUUGUUAGUCUCCUUGACACUUUUUCUUGUAAAAAGCAAUGCAUUUUAUUUAAACAAAUAAAUAAAUCUGGGUGCAAGAUAUCUCUCCCCCUCCCCCGCAUUAAUCCCUACUAGAAAGAGAUUUACUGGAUGAGGUGAAGAAAAUGGUUGGAUGCUUGAGGUCAACGUAAAGAGUGUUGACCUCCUAUCUCGAGAGACAAUGGAGUGUGACUCCGGGGGUGAUGUCAAACCACUGUGUUAGCAGCACUGAAGUAACAAGCCUGGGCAGUGUGUAAGGAGCUCCUGGCCUGCCCAGAGACGGCAUAAUCUCCUUCUCAGUCUUGCUGAUGUAGUCCAAAGGAUUUGUGUAGCGUUUACUCCUUAGGCUUUUCUUUUCCCUUAAAUAUCCCACAAUGGAGUGGAGGUUUGGGAUCAGAGUUCCCCUUCUCCAAAUCAGGGGUCCUCAAACUACAGUUCGUGGGCCAGAUCUGGCCUGCCAGGGUCCUGAACCCACCCUACCCGCAAUGCCCGAGGCUCAGAAGCGGCCGGAUGGGAAGAGUCCUGAGAUAAAAGUGCCUGCGUGUAACAAAGCCCUGGUAAUGCGGUUGCUACCGCCGGCACCAACUGCUUGAUAACUGCAUGCUGCCCCUUUAAGCCGCCAGAGGGUGGCACGGCAGUGAAGGAACCCCUUCCACACCAGUCCUUUCCCUUCUCCUCAGGCCUGCUCCGUGCCCACUGGAGCAGCGCCACGCCGCUGAUUGCCUUCUUAACACAUGCGCGGAUCCCAUGCAGCGGCCUUGGCAACCUUAAAAUUUAGGGAAGCACCAAGAACACAGGCAACAUAUGCAAAUAGAAUUAGCAGGAAGAGAAGUCUGAAUCACAACAGUUUAUUGUACAAGGGAAUCUCCAUGUAAAUAGUGGUGGGCUAAUCUUUAAAAUAAAGCUCUCCACCCAAACUUCCCCAAGUUUGGAAAUAAACUUCAAUGCAGAGAAAGUCAUAUGCAUGAGGAACAACAACAUCAAAAAUAACCCAGAAGAAAUGCAGUAGAAAGGUGAUGUACUGUAUAGGUAACUUAUAUUAUUACCCAUAGCGCCUGUUGUGUGUCUGUUCUGGCUAUUAUUUUGAAACAAGGUUUUUUAAUUUAAAAAAUACAUGAAAAAGAGCAUGUUUCUAGCACCUCUUUAGUCCAACCCCGAUCAGUGUCUGAGGGACAGUGAACUGGCCCCCUCUUUAAAAAGUUUGAGGACCCCUAUGGAGGAUGGCCUACCUUCCCAGGCUGACGAGCCCCAUCUGCCUCUCACUUCCUACUACAGCACAUGCUGAAACCACCUUCUUGACUACAGGCAACAACUUAUUUAGGCUCGUCCGAAGGUUGUGCAAUCGUGCUCGCACACACAGCACCGAAUCCAGAAGAAGCCCCAAAAUGUUUUAAAGACGUCACAAAAAGGGGUGGGGCAGAGCGGGCUCUGCUGGCGUGUGCAAGGGUCCAACAUGUAACCGCACAGACUGAAGAUUGCCUGUACUGGACCCACUGUUAGUCUUGUCCACUCAAUCCAUUGGAGCCUGCUUUUGCAUGCAGGGGAAGUCCCUAACUCCCAGAGGGUUUGAGACCCAUCAGCUAACCUUCACCUGGUUUACCCAGCCAUUCAAAGCUGUUCCCAGGGUGUGGUUGCUGUCACAUGCUGACAGCUUCUAAGGAGCCACAGGUGAGAGCUGAGUGCAGGGUGGCUUCAAAUGUUGGGAGAUGUUGAGAGCAGUGAGGAUACUGGAAAUUCAAAUGCCCCAUGCCAUCCUCUAAUGCCCAAAAUGAGUCCUUUAGCAUCUGUCUCUACGGUGAGACGUAAACACACCUAGGGUGUAGCUUGUACAUCUCAGAUUAGUAGAGAUGUGCUGGACAUUAAGAUGUGUGAAUGAGGAACCAAGACCCGUUUAGGCUUACUGUUUUCUCAGGUGUACAAAUGUCCAAAAGCAAGUGUAAUGGUUAACUUCUAUCUAAACCUUGCAUGUGUCUUUAAGUAGUAACGCUUGCUGUUGUGGGCUUUAGGAAAAAAGAGGAGGUAGCAAAUUCACACAUAAAAGCAGUCAAAAUAAAUACCUGAAAUUAGUCUCUGAAUCCUGUUAUUAAAAAGAACCUCUUUGUUGACAACAUGCUAUUCCUUUGAUUAUUUUUAUUGUUAAUUGAUGAAGCAAAAGUUAUUUCAAAGCAACUCUAGCACAAGGUGGCCUAUCUAGCAUUCCUUUAAUGUAUCACUGGCUGUGCUCAGUCUUAAUGCUCAACAUCUAAUAAGGAGUCGCCAGCCUAAUUUUUUUAAUGCAAUUUACCAAUUGGGGUCCUACAAAAGGCAGAUUAUAUUUUAUGGCUUAUGAACAGCAGGGCAGAUAUUUCAGAAAAUCUGCAGAUAGCAGUAAUUUUGAGAAAAGUGCACAAAUGAAUUUGAAAACAAAAUAUUUCACUGCCUACACAGCUGCAUUCACAGUCCCAGGUCCGCAGUCCCGUAUGUGUGAUGCUUACACCUGAUUAUAUAGAAAGUAAUAAUGCCUAAAUGAAGAAAAUGGAAAUUAAAUUCAAAAGCAGAAUUAAUUCUCUCUGUGAAAAACCUGUAUUACCAACAGGGGUGUUGGCAUCAGGAAUGGACAAGCCAGUUCAGGUGGGAAAUAAUAAGCAGCCUGAACAUUCAUUUCUACUCUGAUCCAAACCUGAACCAACAAUCAUUUUAUGCUUUCAUAAUAAGCCUCCCUGGCACCCGUCAUUGAAGGAUUCUCAAUGCACGCAUUGACUUGGAAAUAUUUGCAUUUAAGUAAGAGAUGCAUAGAAAUCACUUUGCCUUCCUGUGAAGAAAUUCAUUGGCUGCUUGGUGCCACUAUUUUUUAAGAUAGGAAGAUUCUAAAUAUGAAUAUAGAUUGCAGAAAAUAUGCAGCCAGCUGAUCCAAGCCACUGUCCAUAAAAGUGUUGCCCCAGCCUUUCCAUUUAAAAUAGAGGGGGAAAGAAGUGGCUCUAUGAGUUUUUUGAAAGAGCUGCGUUCUCUCUAGUCUCUUAUUACCUGUUGUUGGCAUCCAUCUGUCUCAGGAGACAACGGAAGAGUGUUCCUUUGGGGGUGAAGUCAAACAGUUGGAGAGUCACAAUGACUGCUGUGACUGUAGAGACCGACAUGGGAGAGAUGUUUUAUUGCAGCUGGGGCAGAUGGAGGUGACCAGCUGCUCUGCUGCAGGAAUACCAUAGUGUUCCUUCUCUCUGCGCUGCUCUCAUCAGUCAUUCCUCCUCUGGUCACUGCUGUGGAUGCACGACCUGUAGAAAAUUAACAAUUAAAUCAUCAGCUAGUAAGUUUUUGUUUCUCUGUAGUUAUUGGUGUCCAGUGUAGGUGAACGUCAAUAUUUUGGGUUAGAUUGAAAAACUAGCAUGAUAAAACUGAGAUAACACAAUUUCUCCCAAUGUACAUUCCAAGCAGUACACUUGAAUUAUUUACUACUGCUUAUUUGUCACAGCUUCUAGCUGGCACUUUGUGAGAGCUUGAGAAGUGGAUGAGGACUUGUUAGUGGGUUAGGGAUUUGCUGUCAUUACUAAUAUCCUAUUUUAGGGCCUGCACUACUUGUGAAGCCAAACACAAGCCAGCAUCCUAGUGGUGUGUGAUAAACCUCUUUUUACUGCCUUCCUGAGAAUGCAAAAAAAAUGGAGGGGGUGAGUGGAUUAGUCACAAUGCAUACCUGGAUCAUGUUUCCAUUGUGCAGCCCUGCCCUAGUGGGAAGCCUUUCCAGUAGGCUGCAUUGAGCAGCAAACGGGAGAUGAACAUAGAGCAAGAGUGGGGAUCCUGUGGCCCGAAGUGCUGAGCCAGAACCACAACUCCCAUCACCCCAUCCAUUGGCCAUUCUGGAUGAGAGCUGGAGUACAACAGCCCUGAAUUAGAGGAUAUCUGCAAAGGUUAUAGACCGUAUCCUGCUAAAUUUUGGACAAGAGCACAAAUGACCUGUCUUUAUUGGUUUGUGACUUUUCGCAGUAUUAUAGCCCCUUUUUGUGCCCUUUUGCUGCGGAACAGAAAUUUACACAGGAAGACAAGAUUGUAAGGACAAGAUGGAAAAGAGAGACAAGAUGGUAUAAAGAAAAGGCCCAAAUAAAGCACAAUGUGAGUAAGGACCAGCAAGUAAAAAAGAAGGAAAGAAAAGAAAUCUUGGCAAGAGUCAAGGUUCAGCAUUGAUUUUCCUUUUAACUCAUAUGUUUAUUCAAACAGUGCGGAUACAGAUUAACUUCCUGUACUCAAUAUUUAUCAUCAUUUGACUCGUCUGGAGAUGUGAACAAUAAGCCUCUUGUUUAAGUGGCUUUUAAAAAUGCCCCCUUUUGCUGUAGCUUCUUCAUUUGUUCCUGUGCCCUCAGGUAUAGCUCUAUUUAUUUAAACUUGUCACAGCCAGUCCUUAGAAAAGAAUAAUUCACCUGCCACUUAACAGCCACAUAUGAGGAUUGCUGGCUCCUUUGGUUCACCAGUUUUUGCAGUGUUGGACUUAUCUAGUGACUUAAACUGAUUCAUUAUUCCCACAGAACAUGGUGAGUGUAGUUCUGUCAGUGGGACCAGGAGUAUCUACCAGAAUUCUCGCGUCUUUCUUUAACUUCAGUCCCCAGGAUACUUUGGGAGAUGUCAUGGCAGUAAAAUUGGUAUAAAACAGAUGUACGCUUGUGCCUGGCUAGCCGUGGUCAAAUUUACCUCUCAUCUUCCAGAUCCACUUAGUAGUUUUUCCCUAAUCCUGUACCUUCUCACCAUAAUCAGGGGAGAGAGAAAUCAUUAGGACAUUGCAUUAGUAGUUGACUGCAGAGUCACUAUAUGUUAAAGGCAACACAAAGGGCUGGUUCAUGAAUAACACAUUCCAAAUCUACAUGAUGUGGAGAGCAAGAGAAGUGCUCCUGUUAUGAGCAGGAUAUUCUUUAGUAUCCAUUUAUCUGUAGUUAAAGAGAAAAGGGACCCAUGACCAUUAGGUCCAGUCGUGACCGACUCUGGGGUUGCGGCGCUCAUCUCGCGUUAUUGGCCGAGGGAGCCGGUGUACAGCUUCCAGGUCAUGUGGCCAGCAUGACUAAGCCGGUUCUGGCGAACCAGAGCAGCGCACAGAAACACCGUGCACGGAAACACUGUUUACCUUCCUGCUGGAGCAGUACCUAUUUAUCUGCUUGCACUUUGAUGUGCUUUCGAACUGCUAGGUGGGCAGGAGCAGGGACCGAGCAACAGGAGCUCACCUGUCGCGGGGAUUUGAACCACCACCUUCUGAUUGGCAAGCCCUAGGCUCUGUGGUUUAACCACAGCGCCACCCGCGUCCCCAGUUAAAGAGAACCUCUGGUCUAUUUUAGGUGGAAAUAUUUCCAUCUAGCAAAAGCAGCCUUGCAAAAGCUACCAGCCUGUCUGCCUACAUGUACUUGUGUUUUUCAUAGAAUCAUAGAGUUGGAAGAGACCACAAGGGCCAUCCAGUCCAACCCCCUGCCAAGCAGGAAACACCAUCAAAGCAUUCUUGACAUAUGCCUGUCAAGCCUUUGCUUAAAGACCUCCAAAGAAGGAGACUCCACCACACUCCUUGGUAGCAAAUUCCACUGCCGAACAGCUCUUACUGUCAGGAAGUUCUUCCUAAUGUUUAGGUGGAAUCUUCUUUCUUGUAGUUUGAAUCCAUUGCUCCGUGUCCGCUUCUCUGGAGCAGCAGAAAACAACCUUUCUCCCUCCUCUAUAUGGCAUACUUUAAUAUAUUUGAAGGUUAUAAAUAUAUAUGUAUAACCUUCUCUUCCCCAGGCUAAACAUGCCCAGCUCCCUAAGCCAUUCCUCAUAAGGCAACAUUUCCAGGCCUUUGACCAUUUUGGUUGCCCUCCUCUGGACAUGUUCCAGCUUGUCAGUAUCCUUCUGGAACUGUGGUGCCCAGAACUAGACACAGUACUCCAGGUGAGGUCUGACCAGAGCAGAAUACAGUGGUACUAUUACUUCCCUUGAUUUAGAUGCUAUACUCCUAUUGAUGCAGCCCAAAAUUGCAUUGGCUUUUUUAGCUGCUGCAUCACACUGUUGACUCAUGUCAAGUUUGUGGUCUACCAAAACUCCUAGAUCCUUUUCACAUGUAUGUUCACAUGUACCUUUUCGUGGGUACUACAUAGCAGCCUAAAACAAUGUAUUUUGUAAUGUUGCCUUGCAUGGUUAUGUGGAGCCAGGGUGCCCUCACCACAACACUACACGCACAUGAGAUUAGGAUGAAAGACUGUUUACAAACCCAUAGCAGGGGCAUGCAUUUCUGAGUUAACAGUCUCAACAAGCUCUUUAUCUUGCAGAGUAUGCCAAGGGCACUGAAACAUCUCUCUCUCUCUCUCUCUCUCUCUCUCUCUCUCUCUCUCUCUCUCUCUCUCUCACACACACACACACACACACACACUAUGUAUUGCUUUCAGAAUGCAAUAAAGUUGUUCAGAUCUCAGUAGAUGGCAGCUGCACAGCAUAAGAAAGAGCAGCUGGAUGCAGCCACUAUUUAUACGUUUUUUUAAAAAGGAACUUCCAACUUCUUGUUCACUUAACAGCUUCCUUAGUUGCAUCAGCCCUAGGAAGAAAUUCAGAAUGUUUUCUCUUGUUGAAAGCUGCCCCAGACCAACAGUGGUGACAGCUGCAAAUAUGUUGAGUUUCUAGUUCCCUGCAAGUGACUUGGAGGGGCCCUCUCUGUUACAAAAUAGCACACUUAGCUUUGGCAAUUGGGGUUUCCUUUCAAAAGCCAUUGCAGCAGCUGAACAUCCUGACUCCAGAAGUGUGAGACUCAUACAGGGCUUUCAGCAUUAUUGUUUGAUAGCUAUGGGCUAUUCCUCCCCCCCCCGUUCUGUACACAUUUUAGUUAAAUUGCUUAAAUAGCUUAAUUGUGAUCAGAGGUUGGGAACAGGAUUUGGCCAGCAGACCAGAUUCUUUAUCUCCCCACUAGUUGCAGACCAGCUUUGCUGCCCACCCUGUCAGUCACCUGACAGUGAAAUCAAGCUGCAUGGGCAGAGAGACAAGGACCAUGAUGCCCAUGCAAGGACUUCCACUAGUGUAAUGGGACUUCCCCCUCACUCCUUCCCUUUUGCCCCCAACCUCAACUUGGCUGGGAAAGGGGGGUUGGGAGAAUGCCCCAAAUACUGCUUGUGGGGAGGAGAGGACAGAUUGUUCUACAGUAUCAGGCAAACAGAAAUGCCUGUACUGAUGGAGUGAUUUGCUUAGCGCUGUGUUGAAUUCCUCCCGCAGCCAAUGAUCAGAGGAGACCCGGGAUAGAAAAAGCAUACUGAUAAUCAGUUUGGGCAGGAAUCGUGGUAAGAGAAGUGUGUUGAAGAUGUGGCUGGGGGGAAAUAGGAUGGGAGAGUGAGAGCUGAAUCAGGCAGAAGAAACUGAAAAUAUGGGAUUUAACUGGAUUUUUUAAAAAUAAGAUUUAUCUGCCAGAUUAAGGUCAGUUAAGAUGGAUACAAUAGGCAGUUAGUGUAUAUUGGUUGGGAGAAGAUUCACACAAGAAGAUACUGGUAAAUUGUAAUCCAACCUUAGACCUUGUUUUCAGGAGGAGUUUAUACAGUGGUUUCACUGUAUAUCAGUCAUUUUGCAGGCGUUUCGGUUCAUCCUCCCAACUCCAAAGCUAUGUGACACUUCCUAUGUUUGCUAGUUUGCAUCAGGGCCACCCAGAAAUUUCAUGGAAUUUGAACCCUUAUUUCUCAGGGCCAGAUCCAGCACACACUUGCACAAGGUUCUUAUUUAUUCAGUCUCCAUGCACUGUGUGUAGGCAGAGAGUAGCUUAGUGCCACUUUCAAAUUGGACAGGGCUUCUGUGUCUUUGAUAAAUUGCACACCGUAGUGAUAUUUGGGAGGCCCAUCUUCUCCGAUUAUUACUGACUCCUUGAUGGGAGGAGUUGCACUUUAGGAACUUCCCCCCAUAUUAGAGCUCCUAAAGAAGCAGGAGCCCUAUCCGGGAGCACAUUUGAUAACCUCAGUCAUAAUCAUCUUUCAACAGGUUGUUGGAAAUGCAGCGGAUAUCACGUCCACAUCUCAGCACAAUAACUCUUCGGUGAUAUAGUAGGUGUUGGCAGAGGUUGCUCACCUUCUUGCAUGGAAACCUUAUUGGAACUUUGUUCAAGGCACCUUGGUUGAGUAUUCAGGUCACCCACUUCCUGGCUGACAUGCCAUGUGACCCUUUCACCCACUUUUGCCACAGAAAGAGCACUUGUUUAUAUCAAAACCACUGUUUCAGCGACUGUGUUCAUCAAACUCCGAAAAGAAGACAUGAAGAGUAGUUAGCUGUAAGUGUCUUUGCAGGGAGGUGGUAGAUGGCUUCUUGAUUACAGGCUGUUAGAGGGUGGGAAAUGAGAAUUUGCUGAACUACAAAGACUCUGACAGAGCAUUCCUGAAACACUGGUAGUAACUUGACAGGUAGCAUUAAGGCCAAGUUGGAUGUGAGAUGAGAGAAUGGAAUGGAAGACAUGAGGAAGCAGGAUCUAUGAAAUUACAUUGCUUGAGCCAUUGCUCAAAGAGUAGAAUCUGUACUUCUAAUGCAGGUUUGUCUGAAUCUUGAGAUCUUGGAACACAGCAUGGAUAGAAGCCACAGUGAAAUGCAGUACAGUCAUACCUUGGAAGCCGAACAGAAUCUGUUCCGGAAGUCCGUUUGACUUUCAAAAUGUUCGAAAACCAAAUUGCAGCUUCUGAUUGGCUGCAGGAAGCUCCUGCAGCCAAUCAGAAGCCGCGGAAGCCCCGUCAGACAUUCAGGUACGAAAAGAACAUCUCAAACCGGAACAAUCACUUCCAGGUUUCCGGCAUUCGGGAGCCAAAAUGUCUGAGUUCCAGGGUGUUCAACAACCAAGGUACGACUAUAUUGGAGGAAAUGAAGGAUCUUUCUGAAUUCUAUUUCCAUGGUGCUACAGAGGAGUGGGUUGGAAGCGGGUUUGUUGGCAUUUGCACAUUUUUUGGUUACCCACAUUUUUUCUAUGCCAGAAAGUGAAAUACAUGCACUCAUGCGCUGUCAUACAAGCUGAGCAUCCUCACUAUGCCAAAUCAUUGACUCUGCUAGUGAAGAAGCUGUAUCCAAUCAAAUAGAAAUAUUGACUGUCCAUAGGUUUUCAUCUAGACAAUAGCUUCCAGCAUGGCUGACUAUCCAGUGUUGUGCUAAAACAGAAAUGGGUAGGGCAGGUUGCCAGAGCAGAACUGGCUGCAAAGUUCAUGGGGCCCUCAGCAAGAGGACAUCUCAUCCUCUUUCUUCUUCAUCAUCCUAUAUACCGGUAGUGGCAGGACUGCAUCAUUUUUACUGAUCCUGCUGGUCUGUUGCUUGAUAUUUGCACUAGCAGGGAUCAGCGUGGUGGUUGUGUAGCUUUCAGAUGUAUUGUGCACUGAGCAUACCUCUGGUGCACAAAAAAGUCUCUUAAGCAUCAGUGUUUCAAUUCUUCCAUGAGGUUUAAUGUGGUCAAUUGAUUUGAGUGGUUGAAAUCCUAGAGUCACCAUAAAUCAUGUUUGUAACCUUCCAUAUGUCACUCUCAGCCUCAGUUCCCUAUCUGUUGUUUUUUUUAGAAAAUGAACUGCAGUUACCUACCAUCUUUGCAUAAUCAAAAUACAAUAUAAAUUAUUACCAAACAGCAAAGAGGAUCAGGCACCUGGCUGAAGAUAAUUUGUGCCUUCCUUGCUCUUUUGGUCCUGAACUGGAUUGUUUUGGCAACACACACACAUUCUGUUUCUGUUUCUCAGCAUGCAGCCCUCAGCGAUUCCUAGCAUCCCUGAAGAACUGUGUAAAAACAUUACUAGCAGGAUGCUAAAACAAAAUUCUGAUAUCAGGAAUAUGCUACUUAAGACUUGUCACGAAUGUUGUCAGUUUCUCCAUGAGAACUCUUCUCUUUAUUUUUUAUAAAAGCAAACUCAUUUCUUUCUUUUUAUGAAAGCAUCUCUCUCUCACUCUCUGUCAAAAAAGAAGAAGAAGAAAUGCAUUAGGAGAUUAAAUGGUGUUUCCAUCUCCUGUGUAUUUUUUUGUAAAUCAAUAAAUUUGUAUUGUUAGCGCAGGCACAUGAACCAGAUUGUACAACAUUGUUACACUGAUGAAUCUUUCCCCUUGAGGUACCAAAAGAUAUAUGUGCAAAGCAGGUGUUUUCGUUUGUUUAAUUGGAGUUGAGUUCAGACAAUAUUACUGGCAAAUGAAUUACACAUGUUCAGUAAUUCAUAGAAAGCGACAGUCAUUUUGCUUAGAUGUUUGUCUCCCAAGCUGAUUAUAUAAAUAUAGCAGGUUGUCGACGGCUUUUAAAUAUUUUAAACGAAGCAGGGUAACAUUAUUCGUUUCUCAGUCUACGAAUUUAGCUGCAGAAGCGGCACACCCAUAACUCAUCUUCUGAGUAUCAGUUGGUAACUUUUGUGUAUUUAAAUAAUAUCCUGUUUUGACAAACUGCUAAACCACAAGUCUCAAAAAGAAACACAUGAAGCUUGUGUCAAUACAUGCUGGUAUCUAUCAACAGGAAACAUUAGGGAUUGUCAGAUCUGGUACACUAAUGAGGAAUGCUUGCGUUUCUGCUCAAUGUGGAACAUUUUCCAGAACGGCUUCUGUUCUUCUCGGGCUUGUUUAUAUUGAUACCACUGUGUGUUACACAAGAGGUUGUUUCAUAAAAAAUGAUUUUGUUUCUUCCAGUUUUGCCCAUCAUUGCAGAAUUUUGGUGUAUCUCUGCAACCAUAUUUCAACAGCUAAAACUGCCGUUCUCCACAGAGGCAGUGUAAAACAAGAAGUGCCUCCAGCCAUACUAUCACCUCGGGCUGUAAGCUCCUCAGAUCUCACUACAGCUGAGCAGUGUUGGUCACUCUCCAACUAAAGCCUAGGGCACUGCAGGAAGCUCCACUGUUAAUCCAAUUCACUUUGCUUUUUUUUCUAUCAGUGAAUUCUGAAAAGGGAGGCCCAGGGUCAAGCUGGAAGUUGCUGUGCAGCUGGAGGGGGCUGCCUUACAAAGGAGAAGUAAAACAUAGGUCAGAGACGCUGCUAUUAAAGAACUCUGGUUUCAUUUCAGAGUUUUGGGUAGACCAAGUAUGUGGCCGUAUUACAGACAGAUGUUCCUUUCUGUGUUGCGUUCUAAAUAAACUUUUGGUCUCUGAUCGCUUUGACAUCAUCUGUCUUACUUUAAGCACAGCCUGGCUGAAGGUUACAUUCAAAUAUCUAAAGGGCUGUCACAUGGAAGCUUGUUUUCUCCUGCUCUGGAGGAUAGGGCCUGAACCACAAGAAAAGAGAUUCCGACUAAACAUCAGGAAGAACUUUCUGAUGGUAAAAAGCUUUUUCCGAGGUGGAGUGGACUCUCUUGGGGAGUUGGUGGACUCUCCUUCCUUUGAGGUUUUUAAGCAGAGGUUGGAUGUCCAUCUGUCAUGGAUGCUUUCGUUGAGAUUCCUGCAUUGUUGGGGGUUGGACUAGAUAACCCUCAGGGUCCUUUCCAACUCUACGAUUUUAUGAAAAUACAGAGCAUCACAGCUAGAAUGAACAAUUAUUCUAGGCACACUCCAAGGCAGUGGCAUGUCAGCCAAAGAGGUAUGCCUGCUUACAUUGCAAGCAUCUAAAAGUGUGCCAAGGUGGAAGUACUUCAUCUUCUUUCAGCUUCCUUUAAAAUUCACAAAGCUCAGAAGAUAGUACCGGUAGUAGUUCCCUUGUAACCUAAUAAGGAUAGCAGUGGCUCUGUUGCCAUUUGCAAGUUUGUCUGAAGAGCGUAUGGGCGACAUUGGCCACCCUAUAAUUCUUUCCAGGGCCAGAUGGAGACACCCUAGGUAAGGAGUUCUGCAUGUCAGCAAAGGGUUUCAGAGUCCAGGAGACGUGCAGAUGGUCACUAUGCACUAAGUCCAACUCUACUUAAAACUGUGUGGUAGGAGGGUGACUAAAUCUUAAGAUUCUGCAAGCUUUGUCGGAGCGAGUCUUUCUAAACUAGAGAUGUGCGCAAAGUGCCUCACCGUGUACACACAGGGGGGUGCUUUUGUCCUCCUUAAACUGGAUAUUUGAGGUUCAGAGUUCACAGUUCAGCGGCAGUGACUCUCUAGCCCUUUCCCCCAGAUGUAUCACUGUGGCAGCAUUAAAUUCCAACUAACCUUAGCUGAGACUAACCACAGUUCGUACAGGUUCAGAUAUCACAGCAAGUUGUGGUUAGUCUAAAACAGAAGCAAGAGCUUCGGCGCUCUUCCUCACAGGUGCGCUGGACAAGGUGGGGUGCGUGGAGAUUGGGCCAGCAUGUUGCUGUGUCUUUCUCAACAUAUGAACUUGCUGCUUCCUUACACGUACCUAUCUGCCACCCCUCUUCAUACAAAUACAUACAUGGUUUCUGUACUAGCAUUCAGAUGUUUGCUGCAUUUCAGUUCUCUUGCUGGGUUUUCAAACCGUCCCUUUCCCCCACCCCCAGCUCAUAUUUUGCAUGAAGGUGGUGAUCCUGUGAAAUAGCCCAGUAAGCUCAGCAUAGUAAAAUAGUAAAUUGACCAGUAAAAAAAAUAAUCAGUAAAUGAAGGGAAUAGCUAUUAACGUGCCAAGCCAAGAUAUAUAAUUAUAUCUUAGGACUUUUCCAAACUAUUACAUGUUGGAGGUGGAACGCGAUUAAAAGGGAGAUUUGGGGGCUGGGGGCUGGGUAGCAAGAUUUACAUUCUAUUUUUACUCGUGUAUAUUAAGUUGCAAAGCAUUUUCUAGACAAUUUAAUCAUUUGUAUUAUUACAGUUCUGGUAACCAGAGUUUUAGCUUAUUCUUCAUUAAAAGAAAAAAAAAAUGGUUUGAGCAGCCCACCCAUCUUCCUGGCCAGACCGAGAAUCCUGAGAUGAUGGCUUUUAGUGAGAUAAAACCAUUACUGUGUGGUUUUAUCUCACUAAAAAAGGUAAAAGAGACCCCUGACCGUUAGGUCCAGUUGCGGACGACUCUGAGGUUGCGUGCUCAUCUCGCUUUAUAGGCUGAGGGAGCUGGCGUUUAUCCGCAGCUUCCGGGUCAUGUGGCCAGCAUGACUAAGCCGCUUCUGGCGAACCAGAGCAGCGCAUGGAAAUGCUGUUUACCUUCCCGCUGGAGUGGUACCUAUUUAUCUACUUGCACUUGACGUGCUUUCGAACUGCUAGGUGGGCAGGAGCUGGGACCAAACAAUGGGAGCUCACCCCGUUGCGGGGAUUUGAAUUGCUGGCCUUCCAAUCGGCAAGCCCUAGGCUCUGUGGUUUAGUCCACAGCGCCACCCGUGUCCCUUUUUAACUCACUAGUUUGUGCUAUUUGGAUGCUUUUGAUAAAUGAUUUCUCACAGCUGGGUAUUUUAUAUAUGAAAGACAGGACCUAAUGAACAACUCUAAUUGCAUUCAGUGAUAAAGUCUGAUGAAAGGGAUUGCGCUAAAGCAGGCUUUCUCAAACUUGGCCCUCCAUAUGUUUUUGGCCUACAACUCCCAUGAUCCCUAGCUAGCAGGACCAGUGGUCAGGGAUGAUGGGAAUUCUCGUCUCAAAACAUCUGGAGGGCCGAGUUUGAGGAAACCUGUGCUAAAGGGUGGUAGGAGUCAUAUAAAUAUUCUACGGCAUCAUCUGGUGGGAGAGAGGAAAUCACAGGCAGCCCUACCAUUAGGCAGAGUGAGAUGACUGACUCAGUUGGCAGAUACUGGGGGGUACCAGCAGCCUCUUGGCUGUUCCUCCAAAGUCAUUUUCCUCUAUUGGAGGGCACAGCUGUGGGUGCCAGACAGCCUGUCCUGGGCCUCUGAACUACUACACUGCUCUCAUGUGAUGGAGGACACUGGUGUGGUGAGCCUCUGUAGGUGGAGGGGUCCCAUCCUGCCUCAGGCAGCAUAAUGUAUUGGGCCAGCCCUGGAUAUAAUGUUAAAAGCUGGCUUCUUACUCUUACAGCAGAGCUUUCCAAACUGUGUGUGUCGGCUGCAGUGUGUCGUGUGAAUGCUCCCUGUGCUCCUCCCAGGCUUGGAAAAGGGUUAGUUUAACCUCUGGUUUACAAGUAAAACUGAAUUGCUGCAUCACAAAAUGAUGCAUGUCCAAAAAGUAUGUCACCAACAUGAGAAGUUUGGAAAGCUCUGACUUGCAGUGUCCCUCUUUUGGAAAAGAGGAGAAUCUCUGACAAGCCCAACCAUGCGGUUUGUGCAUUGUUGUGUUUUACGUAGGGAUGGCUGGAGAUGAUGUAACUGCAGAAGAGUUAUCCUAUGUAUUAUAGGACUAUAAGGAAGCAAUUUUAUUCACUGCCAUCAAUGUGUUGUCUUUUGUGGAAAACUUGUUCCAAAGAAUUUCUUAGAAAAUAUGAUAACUAUCAAUAGUUGGCUAACCUUAGAAGUAGCCAUAGCUAACCUUAGAACUAUUAUCUUGGACAAAUCCCAUGAAAGUUAGUGGAGUUAUCCUCAGGACUACUUUAGAGUAAGAAGAUGUGGGGUUAUGAAGCUAUAUUUCUUUGUCUUCCGUUGCUGUAUUGAUUUUUUAGAUACAGUACAUGGGGAGCUAUUGUGACACCCAUUAACUUAUAAAUGAAUGCUGAGGUCUCAAGGCACUACUUCAGAAAUUCCUCUCUUGUUGUGUGUCAUGAGUAACUCUAGUGCAGUCCUAUAUCUUACACUGUGUAGUCCUUACCUCACCUCACAAGCUGAAUCACAGAACAUCUAUUUAUGAAACUAUCAUUUUCUUUCAUUUAGAAAGCUUUAAUGUUCUCUCUUCUCUUUGCAUUUACAAAGGUGUGGAAGCAUUUUUAUGAUUGUAUAUUUUUAAGCAUUUUUUUUAAAUGCUGGAGGUGAAUUCGAACUGCAAGUCAGCUAAAUAUACUGUAUCACAAAACCUUGGGGACUACUGAAAUGAGAACAGUGGCCCAUUACUGCUAAGAAGGUGUUUUAUUGAAAAUAUGCCGACAUACAUUCCCAGGAGAGUGAGAAAAUACAGCAAGAUGCCCAGCAGUUAUACAGGUUGUUCUCCUAGACAAGCUAAUAUAUAUAGUUUGGCACUUCCAUGCUGUGUGCAAGAGAGUCAUAUAAUAGACUAAUGCACACUUUUGCAUUAAAAGGCCUCAUGUUUCCCUGGAUAAUUUCUUUAUCUAUUUCUGUUUAACGCGACCACCAUUUAUACCUUUCACUUAUUCGUUAAUUACAUAAAACAUUUUUUGUUUCCACUCGCUGGUUAGAUGAGGCAGCUUAGUAAAUUUAAGUGCAGUAGCCAGUAGAUGGCAGUGUUUGCCAAAAUGCUUUCCUCCGAUGAAGGGCAGGGACCUUCAUGUACACCCGUGCAUAUGCAUUGGGAAUUUGGCUUCCAGCAAAGUUUCUGGUCAACCAACCAGGGUAGGCUACAUUUUAAGGAAAGCAAGUUUCUAGACCACAUGAUUGCACUUUUUAAAAAAAAAACAAAAGGCACAAAGGGCAUAUUCAGGAGGUGUUUUCCAUAGGGCUGAUUUCACAUGCUAGGGCUAAGCCAGAAAUUCAGGAAUCAGCGCCUACAAAAGUCAGGUACAAAUCAAGGUGGAAUUUUGUGUAUGCCGCCUGUUCUGUCCCUGUUGGUGCUUUUCCCUACUGUUUCGACUAGCAUGGUUUACCACAAGGAUUGCUGUAAUCCCAACACACAGUUUGAGGAUCUUGGAGUGCUGAUUCAUACUAAAUAGAAUUGCAUUAGCAUCACCAUCAUAGAAAUACUUUCUUGUCACUGUACCACUUGUUUACAGUGAGAUUAAAGGAGCCCCCCCCCCAAUCUCUCUCAGUGCUUGUUACACUCUGUGUGCUGUCGUACAGCCACCAAUCCUGAACGUCAGCUGCAGUGUUGCUGUCUUCCAUUCAGCAGCCUCACGGUCCACAGGUAGAAACUGUUCUUUAACCUGUUGGUGCAGCUUAUCAUGCUUCUAUAUCUCCUGCCCGAGGACAGGAGAUUGAAAAGGUGCUGGCCAGGGUGUGAUUCCUCCCUGAGAAUGUUCCUCACUCUUCUGAGGCAAUAGUCUCCUGCGAUGACAUCUAGCGGACUCAGGGGACAGCCCAUGAUCUCGUGGGCUGUCUUCACUACCCUCUGUAGGGACUUUCUGUCCAUGGCUGUCAAACCAGCAUACCACACCGUAAUACAGUAUGAGAGAACACUGUCUAUCGUGGACCGAUAUAAGGAAAUCAUCAGUUGUUGUCUAACAUAGUUCUUUCACAAGACCCUAAGGAAAUGAAGUCUCUGUUGGGCCUUCCUGGGCUGUAUUGAUCUUCUAAGUUAGGUCUUCACUAAGAUGGACUCCCAGGAAUUUAAAGGAAGAGGCACUCUCCACACAGCCCCCCCCCGAGAUAUACAACGGGGCUAGCUCCCCUCUCUUCCUCCGAAAGUCCAACACCAUCUCCUUUGUCUUGCCAAUGUUUAGGUGCAGAUUGUUCUCUGAGCACCAUAUGGAUACCUUUUGAACCUCCCCCCUGUACACAGAUUCGUCAUAUAUAUAUAUAUAUCCCACCUGUGCUCCAAGGAACUCAAGGAACUCAUACAUGUUCCUCCCCAUUUUAUCCUCACAACAACCCUGUUAGGAAGGUCAGACUGAGAGACUGAUUGGAAGGAUCAGGGAAAGGACCCCCACCUACCCCUGGCUAUGGGCACGAUGAGAGACAUUUCACCCUCUUCACAGCACCUGUAAUUCUUCACAGAAAUCAUUUCCAAUUCUGUCUGUCCUCCUAUCAUUUCCAUUUUAUAGCACAUUGCAAUUGGGAUUUAAGGAAGGGGGUGAGGGGGAUUGCAAAAACACAUGGAAAAAGCAAGUCUCCCUCCUUGUUCUCCUAACAUAUGACUUUAGAAGAGGGGGCAGCAUUGCUGUGGUCUAAACCACUGAGCCUCUUGUGGUUGCCGAUCAGAAGGUUAGCGGUUCGAAUCCCUACUACGGAGUGAGCUCCCGUUGCUCUGUCCCAGCUCCUGCCAACCUAGCAGUUUGAAAGCAUGCCCGUACAAGUAGAUAAAUAGGUACCAUUGCAGCGGAAAGGUAAACGGCAUGCUCUCUGGUUUCCGUCACAGUGUUCUGUUGUGCCAGAAGCGGUUUAGUCAUGCUGGCCGCAAGGCCUGGAAAUUGAAGGAUAGAAAUAUUGACCCGCCUAGACAUAUUAAUGGAUUGUGUGAAAUUUCUUGCCAUUCUUUAAAAGAGGAUAGCUUUGAGAAACUCUGGCUGGGGCUGAGAUUCAUGGGCAUGGCAGGAGGGCAACUUAUCCACCCCGCCCCCAAAUCAAGUAAAUAAAUAAAAAUACUUAACUAACUGACAAAUUGCGUCACAGAUAACUCGGUUCUGCCCCUUAACAUACAGCCUGCCCCCUCUAAAAUAAAUCCUGGCUACGCCCAUGCUGAGAUUAUCAACAGAUUCCCAUAACUGCGGUGGUGGCCAUCCUUCUGGAUUUCUGGAACCAUACAGGGAAAGAGAGAGGUCAGAUGAGAUUCAAAGAGAAAGAAUUGCAGUAAGUACCGGUAGUCAAUAGGCAAGAUGCCCCCGCAAACUUAGAAAAGGCUGUAAAGUGUGGGUAGGUCAGCAGCAGAUGAUGAUGAUGAUCAUCAUCAUCAUAGGGCCAUGGCUAGCCCUAGAAAUACAGAGGGACGUAAGACACCCAGGAGACAGGGAGAGCUGAGGAAUGGUAUUUGUGGAAGGCUGGGUGUGCAUGGAACCUGUGCCUUUCCCCCCUCAAAAGAGGUUUCUGAUGCUCUUAAGCAGUCAUUAGACUAUUCAGGAGCACCCUUUCCACCGGACAUCAGUGGAGUGGCUCAUUUAUGCUCACUUUCCCAAAGAGUUUAUGUGGCUGAGGGUUUGGGGUGCUGAAAAAGCAGCUGCACAAACCAAUGUGCAUUAUAUUGGUGGGCUAGUGCACCUGUGUUGACUAGCUGCAUGGGUGUGGAUGGGGAUGCACAUCAGAAUGCACAUCCCAUUUGAGGGGAGUGUUGUGCUGACAAUACUGUGACGACUUGGGGUCAGGGUUUCCUACAGUGUCAGAGCUCAGAUGCACGUUCUACCCCUUCUUUCUUUUCAUCCUCUCUGACUAGUUUUGCUGAAGUUUGCAUCUAGCUGCCAAUUUCUUUUCUGGCUCGAAAUAAAUGAGAUAGAAUCGGAACAUAAGGAAAGCUCAGUAUAAUUGUGUACCAGAGGAACAACAGUACGGUACUCCACAUCAGAAAUCAAUUCUUGUGGAUUACUAUGACAUUCCUAGGUGUCAGCUUGUGAGGGUGGAUGCCUUCUGGAGCUUCAAGAGCCUCAUGGCUUUAUGAGGUGGAUGAGGUGAGGUAACCUGGCUGAGAAGUUCCUUUUGUGUGGCAGUGCACAAUUUUAAUCCUUCACCUAGGUCACCACACUGCCUAAUGCCAGCACUGAUCGUGAUUUCAUCAUAGCAAUUAGACUCAUCCUUCUAUAUGAUAAAAAUGCUACCACAUUUAUAUGUACCUGACUGCAUUCAGUUCAAGCAUGCAUGAAAUAAUUUUCUUCCUACAGCAAAUCGUUGGAUCAGAACCUCUUGGUAUAAAAAUGCAUCAAUUUUUCUUUCUGAUGGAAACUAAAGUUACAAUUUAUUAAGCAAGAAGAAAGCAGUUAAUUAAGAUCAGUCAAAUACAAAAGAUAGGGCAAAAAUGUUCCAAUCGUUAUUUAUAAAAAGAUGUCAGGUGCAAUUAUAUAUAAAAUUGUAUUUAUUUGAUUCAUUAUUAAUAACUGUAUGCUUUGAGAAAAACAAUAAUUUUUUCUGAAGCUUCUUCCAGAGCUCUUGUGCUAUCAUCUUCAUCACUCACCUGAAUGUUGACACUUCCUGCUGGUGCAUAUAUAAAUUAACCAGUAACACUGCCAUUAUAAAAAUGUUGCAUUAAAUUAAGAGAAAUGUAAACCGCUGUGCAGUAAAAAGAAGAAAAAUCUCUGACACCUUUAAGCCAAAUGUGCACUGCAUAUAAAUAACAACAACUCCCAUCACACUUAUUUUAAUGAUGACUUUAUCAUAAUGUGGACACAAAUAAAAUUAAUAUGGAGUUAACUGCUUCAGUGCCCCACGGAUGAAGUACCAGACAUGUCAAUUAUAACCACAGAACCAGGCAAAUAGAUAGGUAGCAGGGGGAUUCUUGUAUUACAGCUAUCUGUUUGGUUUCUCUUUAGGAUGAACAGAGUAUAUUAUUCUUUAGGGUUUUCAUUAUGACUUGUUUCACCAGAAAUGAAAUCCCUUGAUAAAAGAAGACACAGAUCAAUAAACAAUACCCUCCAGAAGCAAUAUAUGCUACCAUUUGCAAUCACUGAAAUAAUUCCAUCCUUCCACUGUAAACAGAAACAUUUUAAAUCUGUACUUAUACUGCAGAUUCCUGUGGUGUGCUCAUCUGUAGGCUGAAUGGUUUGAUGUUGUCACCCAUUGUAUCCUUCAUGGACCAUGGAGCCACAGUUGUUAUGUUAAACCUUGUGCAAAUAAAGCAUCCAAUCUUAUAUGCCUUCCUCCCUUUUUGAUGCUGCUAUUUUCUUGAUCCAUCUCUGUAAUCUCAACAUGGGAGAAGAUUCUGCUCUGGCUUGCAGUCCUGGAAUAAAUCCAGCGAGUAACAGAGAGGUGUGUCCUUGACUCCACACCUAAAGCUCCCAACCCUGUGGGAGAAGCCUUAAUCCUGCACUCUCUCAUGGGUCUCCCCCAGUCCUAGUGACAGCUUUACAUUACAGCUGUAUAACAGGUGGAAUAACUUUAAGAGGCAAAUAAGGAGAGUCCCGGACAGAUGCUCCCUUCCUCUCCACCCUAGUGGAGAACAGGACCCCAACUUGUUCAGCAUCCAAUCAUAAUAAAGGUAAAGGGCCCCUGACCAUCAGGUCCAGUCGUGUCCGACUCUGGGGUUGCGGCGCUCAUCUCGCUCUAUAGGCCAAGGGAGCCAGCGUUUGUCCGCAGACAGCUUCCGGGUCAUGUGGCCAGCAUGACAAAGCUGCUUCUGGCGAACCAGAGCAGCGCACGGAAACGCCGUUUACCUUCCCGCCAGAGCGGUCCCUAUUUAUCUACUUGUACUUUGAUGUGCUUUCGAACUGCUAGGUGGGCAGCAGCUGGGACCGAGCAACGGGAACUCACCCCGUUGCAGGGAUUUGAACCGCCGACCUUCUGAUCAGCAAGCCCUAGACUCUGUGGUUUAACCCACAGCGCCACCUGGGUCCCUAUCAGAGUAAUCAGAGUAGUUUACAUUAAUGCAAGCCUGCAUUGCUGUCUCUUGCUGAAAAGCAAAACUAGAUUGAGCAAAGGCAAAUUAAUAAAUCUCAUGUUGAUCAAUUCACCAUAUUCCUUUUUCAUUAUGACUACCGUCUUACAUGAAUAAUAUUUACCGGAACAUCAGAAAAACUCAGUUUGUGAACCCAGGUUACUCAUAUUCUCAUUAUCUAAAUUAUAUUUGGGUAACUUGUGUAGCUUCAAAUCUCUCUCUCUCUCUCUCUCUCUCUCUCUCUCUCUCUCUCUCUCUCUCUCUCUCUCUCUAAAUAAGGUGACCUAUUAUCUGAAUUGUGGCUUAUCCAAACAUUUAGAAUGUCCCCAACACCAUUUGGAUGCAUGAGGAUUCAUUGCCUUGCCAAAUUACUAUUAAGUGUUCCACAACUGUCAUCAAAUGAAUAAAUGUGUUUAUGUACUGCAUACAUAUUUUAUGUGUGCAUGCAUGUUAUAAUCCAUGUGUCAUUUAUACUAUGUAUUCAGUUAUAUGAAUUCUGCCUGAAGAUUUGGAAGGAGAGCAAAUGGCUCACCCUCUUCCUAAAUAGUUGUUGUCUUUCUUAUCACUUAGUAUCGCUGAAUUCCAUUAAUUUUCAACAAUUCUUACAACUGGGGAUAAUGUCACACUUGUAGAUAAUUAUAAGAACACAUUACCAAGGUUUUGGAAUCAGGUCUGUGUCAGAAAUAUGGAAACCAUGGAUCAUGUAAACCACUGGAUGUGCUGCCUUUGUGCAUUCUGAUUGUGUCAAGGUAUAAUCAAGCUACAGAAAUUGUAUUGUAGACAGUUGGCAAUAAAACAUGGACUACUUGAAGCUGAGCCUGUGCCGCAUUAUGAAUGCUUACCUGAUCCAGUUUUAGAGAAUGUUAAUUUCACACUCUAUUGGGAUAAACCUGUAAAUAGUACUGACAAAACAGCAGGUUAUAAUAAUCCAAGCAAUAAAAAUAUACACGGCAAUUCCUCCUACACGCAAAAUGAAAAAAAUAAAGAAACCGACAAGAAAUCCACAUUGCACUAGAAAUAGGAUGUAUGUUGGGACUCGCCAGAAUGUCGAGGGAUCUGCGUCUGUGUAUCUGUGUAUAAUAUAUACCCUCCGAAAUCAAUAGCUAUCCCUACCUUUGGAAAUACCUUAUUAAGCACCAUUGCUCCCAAACAAAACCAAUUAUUUGUCGUCAUUGUCAUGCAGCAUUCUGUUCCCAAUGGUAGCUGGGCAGAUGCCCUGUUGUUUGUCCCCUGUACUUGCUUACUCACAAGUACCCUGCCUUGGAACAUGGAAGUUCCAUCUUAGUUACUGUAUCCCAUGGUAGACCUACCUUUCCUGAAAUCCCCCCACGUAUCUUCCCCACAUCUUCCUAAAGCCAUAUCACACUCCUCACUAGAAUCACUGACUUUCAACCACUAAAGUUCAGUAAAAAAAGUUUUAAAGCUCUGGAUAUGUGAGUGAAGGUGGAGAAUGAUGGAGACCAAGUAAUAGGUUUGACAGUGGUGGGUGAGGAGAGAGAAACCAUGAGUGCCACAAUCCUUGUCUAUACAUAAAAACCAUAUCUGUCAUGGUCAGUUGAUCCUGGACAAGAUGAAAGUGGUGGAUGAGCUCGUUACUAUAUUUUCAAUGUAGAGAGAAUAUUAGUUUACGGGUUAUAAUUUGAAGCAAGGGUGGAAACGCUUCCCCCCCCCCUAUAAAUGGACAUUGAGCCACAGGAACCAUUACAAGCACCACAAUAGACAACCAUUACAAGCACCACAAUAGGCAAACAGCACCCGAACCAACUAAUCCACCUUGGAACCAAACAAGCCAGCCUCCUUCUUCAGAAAACUCUAGAUUCAGCCCCAGCUUGCUCUUCUCUGUGUGCAUAUGCAGGACUGCAGCAUCCAGAGAUCCCAAAGCAGACCUGGAGUGACCUUUCAACGCUGCAGUUUCCCCCCAAUGCCUUAAAAUACCCAUUGUGUGCAUGUGUAUGUAGAUGGGUUUUCUGUGAAAUAAAAAGACCUGGGUAAAGAAAUAAAGCCACUUGGCUGUCAAAAAUGAAAAUGGAAGAUGGCCCCUUGGUGAAUUUUAGGUGUUGUGAUACAAAAUAAGGUGAAGGAGGUCACUUAGAUAAAUUGGGACCAUGCUGUUUAAGAUUUCUUAGCAUCACUAAUAAGUAUAGAUUGCAAGUAUGCUGGAAAUUCCCCUUCUUCAGUUCAAGGAGACUGUGGUGUGUACAAAGAGGAAAGUUCCAUUUAUGUGUGGUUUGUUCCAUUUUCAGGCUCUCAUUCUUGAUUCCCAUAUUCUGUCCUAAUUGUGCUGCAGUUAUUCAGUAGUCCUGACCUUUGUGUGUAUAUACAGGCGGCUCUCAACUUACAACGGUUCCAGGGAUAGAGCAUAAAGCUAAAAUCGUGUAGCAUAGUCAAAACUGCAGUGGUGCAAAUGCAGCGGUGGGUGGGAUUGCCAAAGUCUUUUUUUCCUUGAUGUCCAUCCUCUUUUUGCCAUAUUUUUAUUUAUUUCUUAUUUUUUUGUCGAAUGCACAAAGCUGAAUGUGCACAAGUUAAAUGCACAUAAGUUGUGACAUUAAGGUAUAAUUUCAUUUUUGGUUUCCCCAUUUCUAUCUUCACAACAGUCCUGUGAGGUAGAUUAGUGAACCUUGUGGGUCAACAUAGUGCAAGAGGAAGAAUAAUAGCCUCUGCUCCUGAAAUUGAGGUGUGUUGUACCGCAUUUCCACAUUCUGAAAUUUGGACUACAUUCUCUUAUCAAUAACAUGGAGUUGAAAGGCUGUAUCACAUCAAGUUGUGGUAAGGAAGAGUUACAGAGCACUUUACCAUGAAGAAUACUGUAUGAACAAUAUUUUAAAAUGCAUACUGCUAGCUUGUUUGCCACAAGGUAGUUAUAUGAUCAUGAAUCUAAGAGGCAGUUAGCACAGAGUAGCAAAACGGAGAUCUGCAAGUGGAAAUACUGUGAAAAGCGUUAACUAAAUAGCCUCCAUCUCCCUCCUUCCCCUCCCAACACCUUUAGGCACUCAAACACCUGCAGCCUCUAAGGAUAUAAAAUAAACAGGUAUUAUUAUUUCACUUUAACCCCCAUCAUUAUUCUCUCUAUAAUUUUUGUUUAAAUAAUACGUGCAGCUUGCAAAGAAGGUUGUGUGAUAUUUACAAUCAGCUCCCAUGUUCUUGAUACCCAGAUUUAUCUUUUGACUUGUGCCUAUUGAUUUAAAAGCCAGGAUCUUUCUCAUUCAUGGAGGUUCCUUCUGGCAGAUUUAAGAUCUUGUAAAUAUUCAUAACUGGGGUUGCGGGGGUCAACUUUUUAGUGACCUGGACAAAACAUUUCAUUAAUUUGUUAUCUAAUACAAAAACACUUCAAGCAACAGAAAGCAAUCCAUAUCACAAGAUCACAAGUUGUCAGUGAGCUGGAUCCUUUGUCUUGUGAGCAGCCCCCCACCUUUUGUUGUUUGGUGUUCUUGGCUUUUGUAAAUAAUGCAUAUUGUGACUGCUAAUGGUAAUUAGCCCAUUUAAUUUUUUCAGUUAUGUGCUAAGGAAAUAACUGAAAAACUGCAAACUGCACACAGUUUCUUCAAUUAUAUAUAUUAAAAGUCAGAUUGGCCCUUCUUUGUAGAUAACAUUGAAAAGAAAUGAACCAAUCUAGUAUUAAAUGCCCUUGGUUGAGUGGAAAUAUAUUUAUGUUAUAGUUUCCAUGGAUAAAAAACAAAAAAGAGAGACCAGUAUUUUCAUUUGGGUUGGAUUAAUGAUUAAGGCAAAAUAGUAUUUCUUUCUUCUUGGAUAUUUGACACAUUGAGUGAUUGUUCUGCAUUAAUUACCCAGAAUAAUCAAACCAAGUAUCGCAAAUGUCCCGGCACAGACCAAGUCAUCAUCUGCUACCAAGUUCAGAAAUAUUUGUUUGGCACCCUUAACAACAGGUUAAUAAAACUCUUUUAUUUUGAAAACACUGAUCUGCGGGAUAUAACAGAUACAUUUGUGUCUUGUGAGCACAUUUUAACAUAUUAUCAUUCCCUACUAUGUGAUUCAUUUCCUUUUGCUUUGUUUAGAAGGGGUGGGUUGCAGUUCCCUACAUAGGCCGGGCAGAUUGAUAAUUUGCGCAAACUCUUGUUGGAGAGCUAUUUGUGUUUGUGUGCGAGAAAGAAAAUAUACACGUACAGGCACAUACAAAUCCUGUCAUACAUAAUCUGCACGAGGCAGAAAAACUCCAAAAGACAAGAGUUUGGUAAAAGAACAGUAAGAAUUUUGCAUAAGAGUGUGUAAAAGUUACAUCCCCACCCGGAAGGACUGUUUUGCAGUACAAAAUCACCCACCCCCUCAGCAUGUAAUUAUCUCUUUCUGGCCUAUCCAAUUUGAGCUGAUUGUUGUGAAGCCUUGCGUUAGCUUGCUGCUCUCUAGUGUCAUGUAGCCUCUGCCGAACAAAUUUUGCUCUUUAAAGGUUAGAUUGGUAAGCUGCUUUCUGUUAGUAAAUAUAGGGGUUGGUUUUUUUGUUUUUGUUUUGGGAAGGUGAGGUGGGGGUUGGCUUCGGAUGGUGGUGUGUGUGUGUGUGUGUGUGUGGAGGGGGGGAGAAAUAGUUUGGAAGAGGUCUUUUGAUUCAGAGUAAGUGUGUGCUCUUUGCCCUGCUUUUUAGCGUGCAGAUACAAACACAGUCGGGUCAAAGGGUUAACAGCAAUUAACUGUAGUUGCGUUGGAGACAAAAGCGUUAUUUCACAAAAGCAUUAUUUCACCUGCUGUCAGAAAAGAGAGAGAGAGAGCGAGGAGGCCCAUUGUGUAGGGGUGUUUGAACUGAUUAUGUUUAGAGGCUGGUUGUGAUUGGUGGAGAAGGGCGUGGCUGAUUGGGUAGUUUUGCAUCUUGUCAGCCCAGGAGCACCCUUGUGCGUGCAAUCUGUCUGUAACCUGAGGAAGCUAGAGACUGUACAACAAGGCUUUAAUAGAAGCUUCAUGGCCCAGCACUCUGUUUGUGGUGGUGGCAGCUAAAUGGAGUUUGGCAGGUUCCAGUGUCAGUGGCUAUGAUGACACCUCAAGUUAUCACUCCCCAGCAAAUGCAGCAGAUCCUCCAGCAGCAAGUGCUAACUCCGCAGCAACUUCAGGUCCUGCUCCAGCAGCAGCAGGCACUCAUGCUUCAGCAGCAGCAGCUUCAAGAAUUUUAUAAGAAACAACAGGAACAGUUGCAGCUACAACUUUUACAGCAACAACAUGCCGGAAAACAGCCUAAAGAGCCCCAGCAGCAACAGGUGACUUCACAGCAGUUGGCCUUUCAGCAGCAGCUUUUGCAGAUGCAACAACUGCAGCAACAGCACCUCCUGUCUUUGCAGCGCCAGGGUCUGCUGACGAUUCAGCCUGGCCAGCCUACCUUGCCAUUGCAGCCACUUGCUCAAGGCAUGAUUCCAAAUGAACUGCAGCAACUCUGGAAGGAAGUGACGGGUUCUCACACAGCAGAGGAAGCUGCAAGCAACAACCACAGCAGUUUGGACCUGUCGACAACAUGCAUCUCCUCCUCAGCCUCCUCUAAGGCCUCCUUAAUAAUAAACCCACAUGCCUCAACAAAUGGACAACUAUCAGUCCACACUCCUAAAAGAGAGAGUUUAUCCCACGAAGAACACUCUCAUAGCCAUCCGCUUUAUGGGCACGGAGUAUGCAAAUGGCCAGGCUGUGAAGCAGUAUGCGAAGAUUUCCAGUCAUUUCUAAAACAUCUCAACAGUGAGCAUGCGCUGGAUGAUAGAAGUACAGCCCAAUGUAGAGUGCAAAUGCAGGUUGUACAACAGUUAGAGCUGCAGCUUUCAAAAGACAAAGAGCGCCUGCAAGCUAUGAUGACACACCUACAUGUAAAGUCAACUGAACCAAAAGCUACACCUCAGCCUCUGAACCUUGUAUCUAGCGUCACACUUUCAAAGACUGCGUCAGAGGCUUCUCCACAGAGCUUACCUCACACCCCCACCACCCCAACAGCACCCAUCACUCCUGUUUCCCAGGGACCUUCUGUCAUCACUACUACCAGCAUGCACAAUGUCGGACCUAUCCGAAGGCGGUACUCUGACAAAUACAACGUGCCCAUCUCUUCAGCAGAUCUUGCGCAGAACCAAGAAUUCUACAAGAAUGCAGAAGUCAGGCCACCCUUUACAUAUGCAUCCUUAAUUAGGCAGGCCAUUCUUGAAUCUCCAGAAAAGCAGCUAACACUAAAUGAAAUCUACAAUUGGUUCACGCGAAUGUUCGCCUACUUCAGACGCAAUGCAGCAACGUGGAAGAAUGCAGUGCGUCAUAAUCUUAGUCUUCACAAGUGUUUUGUGCGAGUAGAAAACGUAAAAGGGGCAGUAUGGACAGUGGAUGAAGUAGAGUUCCAAAAACGAAGGCCACAAAAGAUCAGUGGAAACCCUUCACUUAUUAAAAACAUGCAGACCAGCCACACCUACUGCUCACCUCUCAGUGCUGCUUUACAGGCUUCAAUUGCUGAGAACAGCAUACCUCUGUACACUACUGCUUCCAUGGGAAAUCCCACUCUGGGCAGUUUAGCCAAUGCUAUGCGGGAAGAACUUAAUGGUGCAAUGGAGCAUGCGAACAGUAAUGGGAGUGACAGCAGCCCAGGACGUUCCCCUAUGCAAGCAAUGCACCCGGUGCAUGUUAAAGAAGAACCAUUAGAUCCAGAUGAAAAUGAAGGCCCGCUGUCCUUAGUGACAACAGCCAAUCACAGUCCAGAGUUUGACCACGACAGAGAUUAUGAAGAUGAAAAUGUAAAUGAGGACAUUGAAUGAGUAUGUCUGUGAUGUGAUCCUGCAAAUGAAGAUCACGGGGAGGGAGGAGAAAAAAACAACCAUAUACUUCAAAAUUAGCUGUGAAAUCUCUCCCCAUUAUUGUACAGUCUGGAGGAAACACUUGGUCCAUUUUGACAGCUAUAAAGUACGUUAACUCUUAGUGCCAUCAAGUAUCCCAUUUGGGAGUAUUUUUGAUUUUUCUACUUUUUGUUGAAAAAAACAAACAAAAAACAAAGGAAUUUGUACUCUGUGCAUUGGAUGGACUUGUUUGGUACUUGGGAUUCCCUCUCACAGUCAACAUCAGUGUUGUAAAUUUGUUCAACCAAUUCAUUUAUCCACAAUUUGGCAGCAGACUUUGGACUGCAAUUCUUCCAAUUUGGGACACCGAAGACAUCAACCUGAGCAUGUACACAUAAUUGCAGAUCAAGCCUUUGCCCAGAUUUUGAGGAUUCCAAUGGACAAUAUUUGCACAGUAUCGCAUGUUGAUUAUCACUGCCUUCACUUUUUCUUUCUUUGCUUCCAUUUGGGAUGGGGAAGUCGUGUGCGUGUGUGCACACGUGCACCUACAUGUGUGCGUGCAUAAGUGUGUAUGUGUGUACUGAAGAGGGGUUAAAAGAAAAUUCUCCCAAUUUUUUUAGUGUAUAACUUUGAUUUUCCCCUUACUUCUCCUACACCAUUUUAAGUUCUGACCUCAGGCCUCAACUGGCCAGAGCCUUUUGAGGCUUAAAUGUUUUCUGUACUUUUGUGAUGAAUGUUAAUAGGUGUUUUUAUUAUACAAAGCUGAAUGUCCUUGGAAUUGUUUGUAGUUCUUUUUCUACCAUUCAUUCCAGUUUCCUUCAGAUGCCAUCAUGUUUUCUUUAGCUAUGGAAAACAUUCCAGUUUGGGCUAUAUUCCCACUCCUCAACCCCCCCCCCCAAAAAAAAAGAAAAAAAGAAAAAGGUUUUCAAAAGCUGCUGUAACCGUGUGCAAAGAUAUCUUUGAUCAGAAAGAAAGGUAGUUGCAAGAAUUGAGAAUGAAAGGCAAACCAGCACAAAACAGUAUAUAGGAUGCGCUGCAAAUUCAUUCCACAGAGCAGUGUAUGUUGUUAACAUAGUUCAGAGUUUUUGUUUCUGGGCUUUCGUUUUUUUUAAUUAUUUUUUUUUGCAGUAAUGGUAAAUAUUUAGUAACACAAACUUUUAACAGCACAAAAAAACACUGAACAUAACACUGAACAUACACCAUACAGGGUUUUAUUAUGUCAGAAAUGAAUAUAAUCGUGGAAAGCUCUUAGCUUUUUAACCUGAGUUUCUGGGACAUCGAAUGCUUCUGGAAUAUCUAAAAUACCAAUCUGCCUAUACGUAUUUUCAAUUCACGUUCAAAAGUGGGCAUUAUGGGAGCAUUGUACGUGGUUAAACAGAUUAAACAGUUUGAGAAUUAACUGGUGGCAUCCAUCAGCUUGAAUAUAAUUUAGGUUUUGGAUUCAACUUCUAGGGAAGGCCCACUAGUUGUAAAGUGUUAAUAAUUUUAACUUUGCAAACUGCAGUUAAGAUCAUUACACAAUACUACACCAACCAGUAUCAGAAACUGACAGCUUGAAACCUGUGGGUGAAUUAGCACUGUUGCAAGUUGCAGCAUUCUUCAAAGCAAAUGCGGGCAGACAGCUGCUGUUAGAACAUUGGUACCCAUUGAUCACUGGACAUCUAAACACUUUCCAUUCUCCACUUCUCCGUAACUCACUUAUUUAUGUCGGACUAUAGCUUUUUAAUUUCAAACGCCUUUCUGUUUUUUAAUUUAUAUUCUACUUUUGUACCUUUCCCCCUAAAAUUACCAAAGAUAUUACACAAAGGUAAAUUAUGUUCUCUGUUAUAUGCUUUAUCUUAUGAAGCCAAAUAUCCUCUUAUUGUUGAUCAAAGGAGGUGAAAGAAUUUAGAAGCAAAUGUCAAGAUACGGGCUAUGGCUAACCUGAGAAGGGAAACUGCUCCUUUAUUAGAGUCUUAAGUUAGAAGACCAAGUAGAUUGCUGAACCAAAGUUGUUGUUGUUUUAUUUUUUGUUUCUUUACAGGGACCAAAUGCAUUUCUGUAAAGAAAGAUCUUUUUAAGGCUAAAGCUAUGGAACAGUAUUAAGUGGAGGGAGCAUGUAAGGACAGCAUUUCAUUUUGAGAAAACAGGAGAGUAGUCAAAUUUUCCUGCAAAACAAAGGAGAUGCUUACGUAAUAUACAGAAGAACUCUCGCAACUUAAACUGAACCAUAUAAUAGUAUCUCAAGAAUUUAAUUUCCUAUCCUUUUGUUUGGUCUCCGGCUUUGCAAAUCCUAUUCACUUUUGCUAAAAGCAAAUUGCAAGGCAAUUUCGGUUUAAUUUGCUUUAAUCUGUGCACAGGACCUUAGAGUGAUUUUGUGACCGUUGUUGUGUUUGGGGUUUUUUUCCCCCUUUGAAAUUUGGUCAGCAUCUUCCAUGCAGAAUAACACCCCUGUCCCCUUGUAAACUUUGGUACCAUUCAAGUCAAUGGGAGAUUUUUGCCAUUAACUUCAACUGGAUGCUAGUUGCUGCAUCCUUUACUGACAGUGAAAUAUAUAAAAACACAACUUCCCACCCCCACCCCCCUUACCUGAUUUUGUUUUAAUUUAAAGGAGGGCAGUCUGUGGUCAUCUGAAACAUUUUGGAAACAAACCGUAUGCAGGCAGCACCAUGGCGUGCAGGAGAUAGCCAGGAGGAUCACAAGAAGCGAUCCCUGUGCUUCAAAACUGAGUGGUUUUGCUGGUUAGCUUGGUAUUCCAAAAGGGGAUAAAAAUCUGGUAGAUUAGUUCAUUCUCAGCAUGUGUAGCUAGACGAGUAAAGAUAACAGCAUGAGAAACUGUUAGUACGCAUACCUCAGUUCAAACUGUUAGGGAAUGAGUAAUUUUUUUAAAUAAAAAAAAAACUACAUUUCACUCAGUUGCACUUAGUUAUAUGUCUUGCAUGCAUAGUCUAAAGACUGUAGCAAAAUAAUAAAAGAAAAAAUGAAAUAAUAAUAAAAAAUUAGACUUACCGUAUCUUGCAGGUAUCACUGUCCUGCAGAAGAACCAAGAGAAAAAUCUCAGGCUUUACAUCAAGCAAACUUUGCUAUUUUUUACAAAUUUCUGAUUCUGUGUCCCUUUCAAUAAUAACAAUUGUUCCUAUAGGGUGGGGUUUAUUAUGUUGUACAUAUAUAGCCCAAUGUGUCUCUGUGAUCCUUUUUGUCUUUUGGUGGGUGGGAUGGGGCAGCAGGGGAAAGAAAUGGGGGGGAGGGAGAAGGUCCUUUUUUAAGAAAAUAAAAAAAGUAUCAUUCCUCAAAAGGAAUAAAUGCAUACCUGUUAAAACACCCUUUGCUUUUUGUGCAACUGCUUUAUAUAAACUAUACUUUUAAAAAAUGCUUUGGGGGGAAAAUCCUACUGUAUGUAAUGGAAUUGCAGAAUAUGCUGCACAUAUAUUUUAUUUAGUUAUCCUUGCUUUAAGACUAUUGGAUGACAUUUGCUGACAUGUGGGAGAAAAUCCCAAACUCUUUGUUUUGGCAGAUCCCCCCACCCCCGCACUUCCUUCUGGCUUCUAAAAUGUAACAUAGAUGACAAAUGAUUCCCAACCCCCCCCCCCAACCCCACUGUUAUGGAUCAAAUCAUUUUUGUACAGGUUUUUUUGUUGUUGCUGUUGUUGCUGUUAUGCUGUUUUGUUUUCAUUUUAAAUACUUUCCCUGCCCCUUCUGUUAUUUCCCUACCACUGCCUAUUUCUGGCUGUCUUAAGGGGCGGGAAAAAGUUGUUUCAAAAAAUGUUUUCUUCUCCUGCAGUAAAUACUUUGCAUGAUGAAUUCCAAGGUCACACUUUCAAAGUUUUAUCAGUGAAGUAGUGAUUAAUAAUGGAGAGUGUCAAAAAUUAUUGAACUUUUGUAUAAAAAAGAAAUACUUUACAAGGUGCCAAGAUGUAAAGACAAUUUGUUACAUGCUCUGUUUUUAUUUUAUUUUCUCUCAAAAGAAAAGCAUACAUUAUGAAAGUAGUACAGGUAAACCACUGUUAGGAAUGAGAGUCGAAGCCUACCUUAUACACACACACACACACACACACACACACACACCUCUCCAUGGAACUGACUGGGCUCUCUUCCCUCCCCCAGCUGAGCUCGGCUGUCAGCUCUGAUCACCUGUUCCAGAGCAGGAGGCAGGGAUGGAAGAGGGGAAAGUCUUCCUCCCCACAUAGACUCCAAAUGCAGCAAUAGGUCUGCAGCUUUUUGCUGCAUUUGCGGACUUCUAGACGGAGAUGGAUACCCUGCCUGUACCCCCAAGAGUUGGAUGCAGCGGGUUCUCUUAGCAACUUCUUCCACCGACAGUAGAAAGAGUUCCAUAGCUAGAACCCUCUUUUUGUGUAAAGCUCAUCCCUUCUCUGGAUUGGGACAAUGCAGUUCAAAUGCUUAAAACCUGCUGGAUUUCUACAUUUGACCAGAGGCAGAAGAAAAUGGUGGUGGGCGGGCGGGGAAGAAUCAAGGCUUAUGUUAAACUUCAGUAAAGAAAUACAAUAAAUAAAAAUGUUUGAUUCUCCUUUAGGAGAACCCAGCCAUAGCACCCAUGAUCAGCUUAUCAGGGGUGGGAGAAGGAGGAGAUGGGGAGGGGGUACGAAUCUACGAAUAAUACAGAUCAUUAGAUAUUUUAUAUAUAAAUAUAUAUAUAAAAAUAUAUCAAAGUUUAAAAAAAUAAUUUUGAACUGUUGUAGUUUUCAGAAUGCUGACAAGCUACGUUCCUUAUAGCAUGGAGAAUGUGUUUUAAACUCUUUUGGAAAGUUUUGGUAUCUUUUUUGCUUAACGUACUUUUUAGAUGUCGCGGAAAACUAAUUUAUCAUUCUUAAAAGUCUUGAGAGUUACAUUUGCAGACCCGUUCCAUGUUUUUAAACAGGCCCAGAGUUAGUAACAGGAUAUCUCCUUCCCAAAAGCCUUGAUGAAAAUGGUACAGUCCAGACUGUUAGCAUGGUUCUUCAUGUGUAUGUGCUGCCAGUAACAAGAUCCCCCCUUAUUUUGUUUUGGUUUGGUUUUUGAGGCAUACAAGAAACUCAUUCCUUACAUCAACUGUAAUUCCAUCAUUCCAUGUCUGUUGAUGCAGACAAUAAAAUGUUGUGUAGUCAGUACUUAUUACUGACAUUAUAGCAUUCUCUAAUGCAAUAAAAGUGCUGGUUGUUCACACUG